AUGGAGCUGCCGGUAAGCUGCUAGAAAUCUCCACACUGCUUUCAGUUUAGAUAGCAAUUCAUUUCAACUAGCUCUCUGUAUAUUUAAUGGAAGCAUCUUGACUGGAUGAGCCACUUCCUGGAUCAGGUUUACUCAUUACAGAGAAUGCAAAGCCAUGGGCUUACUAGGAAAUGCAAGAACUUCAAACAAGAGUAUCUAUUGUUUAUGGUUAUUUAUUUAUACAAUAUUUUAGCAAGAAGGAUACCUUGAGAUUUCUCUCAUUUUCAAGUAUGUCCUGGGCUUCAAGCCUGUCCUGGGAUUAUUAGUUCGAAGAAGGUAAUUAUCUGAAUAAUGGAAUUGCAGAAACCUAAGACAAAGGGCACUUCUUUUUUUAAAAGAAAAUCUGAACCUGUCCCUUUGCGGGCGUGGCCAUCUUCUUCUGGAUGGUCCUCUUUAGAUCCUGGUGUAUCAGCACCAGGAGCCGACGUCAGUGUUGUACUCUCGCAUAUGCUCAAGAGUACAGCAUUGAGGCCUAUGAAGCAUCCCAUUAGACGGUGAGAUCCUCCGUAGACAGUGCCAGUUCCCUGCAGCCGUCACUGGUGAUGGUAUUGACCCUUCUAGAUGGCGGUAGCUCUGCCCAGUGUUAAGAGGUAUCAGGCGAGGGGAAAUAUACAGAGACAAAGAACUUCCUACUCUGUCUCAGUGUAUCUCUUGACUGGGUUGGAAUUUCAGUGAAAUUCUAAUACAGUCAAAAUUUGUAUUUCUAUCUUUAUAAAAUUCUCACUUUUCAUGGGUGACCGUGCCACUUUAAAAAUAUUUAUUAGGCAAACAAUUACAGCAUUCCACAACAUCAGUAUAUGUAAAUGAACAUAUUCAGGAGCCAUAUACAUUAAAUAAAAGGUACAUAUUCUAAAAAGUUGAAAAGAAAGCUACACUAACUGAAUCUAACUCGUUCCAAACUAUGGUCUCAAUUUAAUAGUUUUGGAUAAGCUAUACAAAUGAUUUAAUACUUUAGCUAAACUUUAAAAAAAAAAAAUUAAUAAAAUUUUAAAAUAUUAUUUAUUAUUUAUUUAUAAAAUAUUUUAACAGGAAAUAUCAAAAAAUGCAUCAUACAAUCAAUAAUUAUUUACACAAGAAAAACAUAUAUAUCAUAUCAUAUAUAAAAAAAUUAUCGAAAUAUUAAAUUAAUUUAUUUUACAAGCUGAUCCAAAAAUAUUAAAUCUAAACCAAUAUCACAAAAUCUGUGUAUUAAAAGCAUUAACACACAACAAUGUAGCCAUUCACAAAAUGUGUAGACAUUAACUUAAUUUUCUCACUCUACAUUUAAUCAUUAGCUAAAUUCAUGCUGCCUAGAUACCAUGUGAAAGCAUUUAAAAUUAUUUAAUGACAUCAAGGCACCAUGUGUGAGUAUAAAGCCAGGUAUGUCGGAGAGUUACGAAAGGGUGAAACGGUGCCAUUGGAUAAAAGGACUAUUUCUCUGUAGCAAGUUUCCUCUCUAGACAAACUUGCUAAUAUGUUAGUGAGAAAGGCGCAUACAAAAAGGCCAGUGUUUCACUGCUGCCUAUACAGCAUGUUAUGUGUGUAGCUGUUGUUCUAGACAGUCAUAAACUUCUGCUGCCCUCGGUCUUGUUUUGAGUUAAGUUCACCAUUUUUCCCCUGAGACAUUUUUGAGCAAAGAAAGCAUUUUAAGAAACCUAGACCAUGUAAAGGAGGCAAAGUGCAACUGCAUACAGUUACAUAAACAAUGAUUUCUUUCCAAGACGGUUUUUAUAUUGUCCCUGGCUUUUUUCAGUACACAGAUCUCUUACUUAUUAUCCCCUCCAUUGACCAGCUAAUAUAUGUGCUAGCUUCCCAAAGGAGUCCGAGGCGGGACACACUAGUUGGGUUUGGCAGGCAAACAAAGUUUUUUUAGAAACCCAGCGGAUGAACUUCUGAAAGACCUAUAACUGUGCUUUGGAAACAGUAUCGUGACUCUAAAUUUCAACACGUUUUAAACAGCGGUGGGAUAAGGAAAAGCAGCGGCUGUAACAUGAAUAUCAAGGCCUGCUUAAUUGUAAAACCUUACUUAAAAUAAUAACAAACACGUGUGGUAUGAAAGGAGACUAGAAAUUAAACAAAACUGUUAUUUAAAGUGCUUCUGUCAUCAAAAAUGGUAUUUGCAGCAUUGGUUAACACUUUAGAAAAGGCCUUUUUUAUUUUAUUUUUUAAAUACAUUUUACAGGGAUAUAAAUUUUGUUUUACAAAUUUAAGAAUUGGAAUUUACUUGGACUUACAGGCAUUAACAUUUUGGCACUUGGGUACUCUCUGUCUCCUGCCAAUUGGGGAAAAUGGCUAAAAAGAAAACUGCAAUUCUUUAUUAAAUUAUCUUUACCCUGUUGUGACAGGUGACAUGUCAAGACUGUCAAAGUACAAAGUGAUUUCCCCAAAGCUUGUCAUCAGGAAGUUUGAAGGAUAUGUUGAGUAAUGCAAUUAGUCCACACUGAAAAUGUUUAAUUCUGACUAGAGUUUGAAUUGUUGGAACUUCAAAUUGAACUAAAAGAUCAUUUAAAAUUUAGGGCCUGGAAGCAUAGACUUAGAGGACUUUUCCAGUUUGGUUAUUCUGACUUUAAUUCACUUUAAAUUCUUACUUUAGUUUAUAACCCUGUUAGUUCAAAAUAGAUGUGACCAAGAAACAGGGGUGUGUAAAUGCACUCAGUCCCAUACAAUAUAUCUCUUGGUGCAGCCAGGCCGGUUCCAGUACCAGGAACCAAAUAUUUGGAGAUGCAAGCUUGACAAAGACCGUUCAGGUCGAAACGUUGUGAGUGGCGGUGGGUUCAAUAACAGUUGCCUUUUUUGUAUUCUGGAGUGCCUGGACCUUCUAUUUUUGCAGUUCAAAAUAAAUGAACAGGAAACAGCAAAUAUGGACACAUUUUUAACAACUGCGCAAUAGGUGCCUUAAUAUUCAAAAUUCUAUUUGACGUCCUGACAAUUCACACUCAAAUACGAUAACCCUGUAUUAAAAUAAUAUACAGAGUAAAACAAAAUAUAAUGUGCACCUAGCUGUACACCCACACCUCGGUUAACUCCAAAACUGUGUAAUAAAUAUAAAGCAAGCAGAAAAAUGGAGUGGUGUACUGAAAUAGACAUAUGAGGCCAAAUCUCAGAAUUUCAUGGUAAGUAUACAUACACUACCCUUGGAGGAUCUUCAAACCGACAGACAUAUAUAGAUCUUCAAACUUUAAUCUCUAAAAAUAUACAAUAUCGCACAUAGCAUAGAAUCACAAAAAAUAGGAAAUAAAAAGAAGAUAAUGUUGCACUCACAAACAUCAACCCACAAGAUGUGGCCAAAAUGUCAAGUAAAUAGGUCAAAUAGACAUCCAGUGGUUCCUGUCCACUGUGUCCAGUAAAAUUUCCAGUGAUUCCAAUACCUUUGUGUAAUGGUUCUGUAUCCUUCAAUGCUAAGGUGAAUAGGAUCUUGUAUGAACAGUUCAGACAGCAACACCAAAGAGCUUUGUAGAUAGAGGUAGUUGUGUCAGCUGGUAAAAAUCUGCCAUCAGAAGACACCAUGAAUUUGCAACUUAUUUGAAAAUAACUAUUUCGAGAAAAAUCUUAAAGUCAGUAACUGAAACCUUCAGGGUUAUUUACUAAGGUAAGAAUUCAAGGUAAAUUCAAAGUAAAUUUCAAAUUUAAGAUCAAAAGUAGCUGACUUGAAAGCAUAGCUGACUUAGAGAUAUAUUCAAAUUUGGUUAUUUUGACCAUAGAAUUGAGAUUUACUUUGAAUCACCUUAAAUUCUCACAUUAGUGCAUAACCCUGCUUGUUUGUUUCUAAUUUAGCCUAUUCAGUUCCAUGUAUUAGUGUGACAUUUAUUCGAUACACAGGAUACAAGUCGAGUACAUUAUCUUCUGACAAUAAAACGAUUCUGUAUAGAUUUAAAAAAUAAAUUAAUACAUUUGGGAGAGUGAAACUGGUCUUCACAGUCCCUAUCAAUUAGUAACAGUGACUGAUAGGAAUUUUCUCUUUCUCCACCAGGUGAACACAGUUCCUGGAUUGGAGCAAAAGGUAAGUGGGGUUUAUGGACUGCCACUCUGUAAGAGUAUUACUGAACCAUUAUCCUGGAACAAUAACAUAUACCAGAAUAGACAGUGUCAGACUCCUCCACCAGGAAGAGACCCACCAAUCAGGAGUCUCCCAUUCUGGUUUAUGAGUUCCGAUCGGUGUUUAUGGGAUAAGCAGCCAUACCACAGUGCCUAUUCUACCUAGUUACAACUUUCCAGGUAAAAGCUAAUCGGAAGUAUCGGUAGGCCUGCUUUUAGAUUCUUGUUUUCUUUGGGGGGUAUUUUUACUAAGCUGUGAAAAAAAAUGUGGAAUGGAAUUGCACACCUGUGCAAUAAUCAUGCUGUCUAAUCAGCAUCUUGAUAUGCCACACCUGUGAGGUGGAUGGAUUAUCUCAGCAAAGGGGAGAAGUAUUCAUUAACACAGAUUUAGACAGAUUUGUGAACAAUAUUUGAGAUAAAUAGGCCUUUUGUGUACAUAGAAAAAGUCUUAAGUCUUUAACCCCUUAAGACUGGAGGGCGUACAAUUACGCCCUAUUUUAAGCGGCUCUAAAUGCAGCCGGGCGUAAUUGUACGCCCUCCGGUCUUUCUUUACUUACUCGGUCGCCGGCGGUCCCACGCCGGCGAUCGCGGUGGGGGGGACUCCCAGGGAGCCACCCCGCAGUAGAUCCUCCUCCUCCGGUCCCCCCCGGCCAUGUGAGAGUGAGGUCCUUGCGAGGACCCCACAAUCACAUGGCCGGUAUAGCUGGCUUCUGUAUUGCCAGCAGGGGGGCUGCCUGUAAUGACAGGUGGUCCCCUUGCUGGCUGGAAAUAAAAUUUAAAUAAAUUAAGUGUAAAAAAAAUAUAUACAUACUUAGAUCAUAUAUACAUUAUAUAUGAUCUAAGUAUAUAUAUAUAUAUAUAUAUACAUAUACAUACACACACAUACACUGUCUAGGUGUAUUUUACUAUUAAUAUAUAUAUAUAAUUAUAUAUAUAUUAAUAUCAAAUUACACGUAUACUGAUACUGAUUAAAUAUAUAUAAUUAUUGUUAUAUAUAUUUAUAUAUAAUAUAAAAAAAUUAAAUAUGUAAAUACGUUAAAAAAUAAUAAAAUAAAUAAUUACAAAAUAUAUAGAUGUGUGUUAUUUCGUUGUAACUGUAUUGUGAUAUUAAAAUAUAUAUAUUUAUAUCAAAAUACACGUAGAACGAAAUAUAUAUAUCUACAUACAUAAAUAUAUACGUAUAUAUCACUAUAUAUAUACCAAUAUAUAAAUAAAAAUAUUUUUUAAAAAUUAUAUAUAUAUAUAUAUAUAUAUACACAUAUAGAUUCACAUACAUAUAUAUAUAUAUAUAUAUAUAUAUAUAUAUAUAUAUACAUAUAUUAAUUCUACAUAUAUAUUUAUGUAAUAUUCUUACAUAAUUAGGUAUCUUAAUUAAUUACAAUUAGCGGGACCUGCCUGACAACCAAUGCCGAAAGUAAAGGGAAUUUAAUUUGCUAGCACUAUAUUUAAGCCUAUAACUUUCCAAGACACCAUAAAACCUCUACAUGUGGGGUACUGUUCUACUCGGGAGACUUCGCUGAACACAAAUAUUAGUGUUUCAAAACAGUAAAAUGUAUUACAACGAUGAUAUCACCAGUAAAAGUUACAUUUUUUGCAUUUUUCAUGCACAAACAGCACUUACACGGACGAUAUUAUUGCUGUGAUACUUUUUGCUGUUUUGAAACACAAAUAUUUGUGUUCACCGAAGUCUCCCGAGUACAACAGUACCCCUCAUGUACAGGUUUUAUGGUGUUUUCAAAAGUUACAGUGUUAAAUAUAAGGCUUGCGUUUCAUUUUUUUCACAUUAAAAUUCACCAGAUUGGUUAGGGUGCAUUUGAGACCCUAUGGUAGCCCAAGAAUGAAAAUUACCCCUAUGAUGUCAUACCAUUUGCAAUAGUAGACAACCAAAAGUAUUGCAAACGGGGUAUGUCCAGUCUUUUUUAGUAGCCACUUAGUCACAAACACUGGCCAAAAUUGGCAUUUUUUGCAUUUUUCACACAAACAAAUACUAACGCUAGCUUUGGCCAGUGUUUGUGACCAAAUGGCUACUAAAAAAGAUUGGACAUACCCCAUUUGCAAUACCUUGGGUUGUCUACUAUUGCAAAUGGUGUGCCAUUAUGGGUGUAAAUUUCAUUCCUGGGCUACUAUACAGUCCCAAAGGCAGCGUAACCAAUCUGGCGAAUUUCAAUUUCAAAUGUAACGUGCUAUAUUUGACCCUGUAACUUCCCAAAACGCCAUAAAACCUGUACAUAGGGGGUACUGUUUUACAUGUGAGACUUUGCUGAAUACAAAUAUGUGUACUUUAUUGCAGUAAAAGCAAACAGUAUUAUGACAUUGACAGUUAAAAUGUCAUGUAGAACUAAAAAAAUAAUUAAAAAAAAUAAUCGUAUUUUCUCCCAUUUUUUUCAUAUUAAAUUAUGUUUCAUAGCGAAAUAUUUGAUAUUAAAUAAAAGCCCUGGUUCCCCUGAAUAAAAUGAUAUAUAAUAAGGGUGGGUGCAUUUAAUAUGAAAGAGUUGAAUUAUGGUUGGACAGACAUGUAGCGCAAAUGCCAGGUUUUGUUUACAUUUUUUUUUCGUUCACAACGUGUACCUUUGGCUCCGUCCUUAAGAUGUUAAAUUCAACUCAUGAAAAAUGGGGUCAAAAACAAGUGUUGCGUUUAUAAUUUAGUUCAGUGCAGUAUAUUAUUGGGAAUUGUUAUCGACAACAAACUAUGCAACAAUGUGCAAUGUCAAUCAGCAGUGGCCAAGGCCAGUAAGGUAUUGUCAUGCAUGAAAAAGGGCAUUCAUUCUCGGGACAAGAAUAUAAUUUUGCCUCUUUAUAAAUCACUGGUAAGACCCCAUAUUGACUAUGCUGUGCAAUUUUGGGCACCUGUUCUAAAGAAGGAUAUUAUGGCACUAGAAAAAGUGCAGAGGCGGGCUACAAAAUUAAUAAAAGGAAUGGAACAUAUCGGCUAUGAAGAAAGGUUAACAAAUUUAAACCUAUUUAGUUUAGAAAAACGUCGCCUGAGAGGGGAUAUGAUAACAUUAUACAAAUAUAUUCGGGGCCAAUACAAACCAUUGUGUGGAAAUCUAUUCACAAACCGGACUUUACAUAGGACACGAGGCCAUGCGUUUAGACUGGAAGAAAGAAGAUUUCGUCUAAGGCAAAGGAAAGGUUUUUUUACUGUAAGAACAAUCAGGAUGUGGAAUUCUCUGCCUGAAGAAGUGGUUUUAUCAGAGUCCAUACAGAUGUUCAAAUGGCUACUAGAUGCAUACUUGCAAGAACAGAAUAUUCAAGGAUAUAAUCUUUCAAUGUAGGGUAAUAACUGCUUGAUCCAAGGAUAAAUCUGACUGCCAUUCUGGGGUCAAGAAGGAAUUUUUUUCCUAGCUUGUUGCAAAAUUGUGCUUCAAACUGGGGUUUUUUUUGCCUUCUUUUGGAUCAACAGCCUAAUUAAAACUAUGGGAUGAAAUGAUUCGUAUUUAAUGAGAAAGGAUGUAUGUAGGAUAAGGAGUUUGUCUCCGAUAGCAGGUCUGCUUAUAUCUUAAAAGGAACAUUUAUAAUUUUGUUCAGUGUAAAUACAUAUUUUAUUCCAUUUUACAGUUUAAGAUCGACAUCAUGGUUCCAUAAUACAAUAUUUCACAAAAUGAAUUGUUACUGGAUCAUAUUGUAAAUCCUGGUUAACAUAUUGAAAGCAUGACACAUUUUUGUUUAAUGUAACAUCCUUUAUGAAGUUUGAGGAUGUUAUUCCCAGUUUGUGAUUUUUUAUUCUUUGCUCUUCGGUUCUUCACAAAUAUAUCAGUCUAACAUUAUCAGUGCGGUCAUAAAAGUAUUCACUAACGGCAAGCAGGCGCCUUAAAAGCGAAGGAUUAUGAAAUAAUGUUGGCAGCAUGAACAUAAGUUAAAAAAAAUACAGUAUGCAAUUACAAAUAAAUUAAUCUUCGGCCAAAGAAUAUAUCUUCUGAUCUUUUUGAUUUGAUCUUGAGUUUCUGUACAUAUAGAGCAAAUGUAGGAACCAAUGCUGUGGAUUACAUCUCUGCUGAUGCUUUGCAAGCAUUAUGGCUGUAAUAUGAUUAUGAGAGAUGUAGUUCAUAAACGUUUGGAGUGCGGAAGUUUGCCUACCAAACUAUAAAGUUAUUUUCAAUGCAAACCAUAAUUUGUAAUAUAAUUCGAGAUUGAAAAUUUCCAAUGCAAUAUGUUACGUGUGUGUUCAAUAAACCAUGUUGUUUUUUUCAAAUCAAAUAAAAAGGUGAUUUGCGCACACAGAAGUGAACGUAGGUUUUACCUUACACUUAAAUCUUUUCAGGUAACCAUACAGCAGGUUAUUCUUAAAAACCUAUAUACAAAUAGAUUAAAACACACAUAGUGUAAACUGUAUAUAAACCAUAAUAACGUGAAUGAAAUAUUUCUCCAAACUCACAAUUUUCAGAGCCUAUUAGAAGUUGGCUCUAGACUUAUGUUGCUUAACAUCUCAUCCUUGAGAUACACAGCGGAUAUGUAGCAGGUACACCCACAGGAACUCGGUACUGGUAAAUUGAAGCAAACUCCAAAGUCCAGGGUAAAUGCGUAUAGAAAGUUUUAUUAAACAAAUAGUUACAAAUAAAAGCACGAAUAUACAAAGUAAAAAAAAUUAAGCACAACGCGUUUCAACCUUUAAAUAGGUGUCUCGCUGUAAAUAGUGACAUUACACUUGGGUAAUUUUAGCUGCACCAGUUUCUAGUGAUAUUAGCGCCGUGUCCUUUUUCUGUUCUAUCUUUUAUAAUGGUUUUUUUUUGUAUUUUUCAAGGUGUUUUCUAGCUGUUACGGCCUUUUUGCUUAAAGUCAGCAUCUAUUGAAUGGAUCGUCACAAAUAGUACAUCAAAUAUAGCACAGUACGACCAUACAAUAGAAGCAUAAUCAUAAUAAUCAUAGGGUAAACAGGGUUGUGUUAGUUCACAAAUCAUAUAAAACCAAAUACGUUAAAUACACAGUUUCCAAAUGUAACACACUGAAUAUGCUGUGCAAUUUUGGGCACCUGUUCUAAAGAAGGAUAUUAUGGCACUAGAAAAAGUGCAGAGGCGGGCUACAAAAUUAAUAAAAGGAAUGGAACAUAUCGGCUAUGAAGAAGGUUAACAAAUUUAAACCUAUUUAGUUUAGAAAAACGUCGCCUGAGAGAGGAUAUGAUAACAUUAUACAAAUAUAUUCGGGGCCAAUACAAACCAUUGUGUGGAAAUCUAUUCACAAACUGGACUUUACAUAGGACACGAGGCCAUGCGUUUAGACUGGAAGAAAGAAGAUUUCGUCAAAGGCAAAGGAAAGGUUUUUUUACUGUAAGAACAAUCAGGAUGUGGAAUUCUCUGCCUGAAGAAGUGGUUUUAUCAGAGUCCAUACAGAUGUUCAAACGGCUACUAGAUGCAUACUUGCAAGAACAGAAUAUUCAAGGAUAUAUAAUCUUUCAAUGUAGGGUAAUAACUGCUUGAUCCAAGGAUAAAUCUGACUGCCAUUCUGGGGUCAAGAAGGAUUUUUUUUCCUAUCUUGUUGCAAAAUUGUGCUUUUUUUUGCCUUCUUUUGGAUCAACAGCAAAAAACAAAUGUGAGGUAGGCUGAACUUGAUGGACGCAAGUCUCUUUUCAGCUAUGUAACUAUGUAACCAUGUAACUCCUUCACUCCCUGCCCCCUUGCAUCCCCUUCACUCCCUGCCCCCCUGUAACCUCUUCACUCCCUGCCCCCCUGUAACCCCUUUACUCCUUGCCCCCUGUAACUCCUUCAACUCCCUGCCCCCCUGUAACACCUUCACUCCCUGCCCCCCUGUAACUCCUUCAAUUCCCUGCCCCCCUGUAACUCCUUCACUCCCUGCCCCCCUGUAACUCCUUCACUUCCUGCUCCCCUGUAACCCCUGCCCCCGUAACCUCUUCUGCCCCUCUCCUUCUCCCCUGCCCCUUGUAACUCCUUCACCCCUGCCCCACUGUAACCCCUUCAUUCCAUGCCCCCCUGUAACUCCUUCACUCCCUGCCCCCCCUCAAUGUAACCCCUUUACUGGUUGCCAUGGUGUGCCAAGUGUAAGCCUCUAAAACCGAUUGCCAUGGUGUGCCAAUUUUAUGCCUCUAAUGCUUGUUGCCAUGGUGUGCCAAUUGUAAGUCUCUAAAACUGAUUGCCAUGGUGUGCCAAUUUUAUGCACCUAAAGUUGCCAUGAUGUGCCAAGUUUUUACAUCUAAAACGGAUUGCCAUAUUGUACCAAUUUUAUGCAUCUAAAGCUGAUUGCCAUGGUAUGCCAAUUGUAUGCCUGUAAAGCUGAUUGCCACGGUGUGCUAAUUGUAUGCCUGUAAAGCUGAUUGCCAUGGUGCGCCAAUUGUAUGCAUCUAAAGCGGAUUGCCAUGGUGUGCCAAUUGUAUGCAUCUAAAGCGGAUUUCCAUGGUGUGCCAAUUUUAUGCCUCUAAAACUGAUUGCUACGGUGUGCCACUUGUAUACAUCUAAAGCAGAUUGCUAUAGUGUGCCAAUUGUAUGUCUCUAAAGCUGUUUGCCGUGGUGUGCCAAUUUUCAUGCCUCUAAAAGUAAUGGUCAUGGUGUGCCAAUUAUGUGCAUCUAAAGCGGAUUGCUAUGGUGUGCCAAUUGUAUGCCUCUAACGCUGAUUGCCAUGGUGUUUUAAAAUAUGCAUUUAAAGCAAAUGGGUCUCGGAAAAUUACAGUUUUGAAAAGUGGGCUCGGCCAAAAAAGUUUGGGAAGCCCUGACUUAAAGGAUCUGCUGCCAAUGUCUUGGUACCAAAUGCCACAGGACACAUUUAGAGGUCUUGUGGACUCCAUGCCUUCAUGCAAUAGAGCUGUUUAUGCAGCACAAGGGAGACCUACACAAAAUUAGACAGGUGGUUUUAAUGUUGUGGUUGUGUGUAUGUACUAAAUAAAUGUAGGAAUAGUUCCUCAUGCUGUUUUGUUAAUGGGGAGCUGAGCUGUCGGACAAUCAGUGGCACUGUCCGACAGCUCAGCUCCCCAUUAACAAAACAGCAUGAGGAACUAUUCCUACAAAAGGGACAUUGGUCCGAGGCUGUCCAAGUUUUCCUGUUUCAAGAAUCGACAGGGAAGGCCGAGGCAGAGCUAAAAGGUGCUGAAGUCAAGACUUUGGGUUAAACUGUUAAACUGAUAGCCGUUUAACCCCUAAUGGUAUGUCAGGGCAAAGAAUCUCCUGGCCCCAUAGGAACUUCAUUUUGAUGAAGUUGUUAUAGUGCCGGAGACUCCCUUUCAAUAGUUUCUAUUUCAAAUUUGCUCAAUAGCAACAUUAAAGACUUGCAAAAAAAUAAAAUACUUUGUUGUCAUUUAGCAACACAAAAAUAUUCAUUUAUAGCCACUUGAUAAUAUUUGGUUUGUUGUUAAAAUACAUAAAUGCAUAUAACAGGUAUAGCAGGAAUCUGAAUCACUUCUUCCAAUAUCCAAAAAUCAAAAAGUAGAGAAAUGUCACAAAAGAAAAGAGUAUUUUAUUAAUUCAACCGACAUUUGGAGCCGUGAAAAUGUUAUAUGUGUAUUUUUUGUUAACUAUUCAGUUUUCUGCAUUUUUGUUUGCCGUUCGCUUACACGUUUAUUGGCUAAACUGUGAAUAGUCAGGAAUUAAAAAUUUAUUUCAAAUUUUAGUCAACUAUGUUUUCAUUUAAACAAAUUCCUGACUUUUUAUAGUUUAGUAAAUAACCUACCUGUGUAUCCAUCCAAGUGCCACAAACUGUGUAGCAUUUGCAGUCAGCUGGUCAAUUACCAGUAUAGGUAUUAGCAUUCAGGAACAUCAAUUUCAGUGAGAAGAAUUUGUAAUAUUUCACCUACAGCAUGGUGUGAAAAAUGUCCUCGCUUCCAGCAGGAAAAUUUAACAUUUUCAUAGCUUAGUGAUGGAGAGUGGAAAUUUUAUUUAAAGCAGGGUAAUAUAAUGUUAAGUCCUUCAUUUUCCCCCCAUAGCAGCAACAAUAAUUAUUACAAAUUAAAUAAAAGUAAAUGUAGGAGAGAGAACCAUCAGCUGACCCAAGAUGGCUGUCGCAAGCUCAUAGAAACAUUUUCAGAAAUUAGGUGCUCAAGGCACUUUAUGCAAACACCAACAGCAGCAAAAACCUAAAAACAAACACACAUUUUAAAGGAGAGUAAAAAAAUAAAUAAAAUGCAAUAAAAAUUUAAAGGGAUACUAUAGUGCCAGGAAUACAAAGCUGUAUUCCUGGCACUAUCGCUCCCUCUGCCUCCCCCGUCCGUUUACUUACUUUAUUUACUUACCUGAUCCCAGCACAGAUGUCCCUUGGCACUGGGUGGACGAUCGACCCCCUCCGACGCCCUGCGAUGCAUGGGCGCUAAUGCGCAUGCACAGCAAAUGCUGCGGGCAUUAGACCUCCCCAUAGGAAAGCACUGAAUCAAUGCUUUCCUAUGGGGGAAAAUCUGACCCUGGACGUCCUCUGCAGAGUGUGAGGAUGCCCAGUGUCAUAUCCCUGACCAAAGGUCUGUAUUGAUUAAGGAGGCGCCUCCAGCUCCAGUGGCUGUCUGGUAGACAGCCACUAGAGACUGAUUUAGUGCUGCAAUGUAAACAUUACAGUUUCUCUAGAACUGCAGUGUUUAACAUAGCAGCACUGAGUGCAAAAGGGACAUUGCACCCAGACCACUUCAAUUAGCUGAAGUGGCCUGGGUGCCUACAAUGUCUCUUUAAGCUGAAUUACAUCAUGUGAACCAAGCUGUGAACUGUCUGAAUAGCAAAAUUAUAACUAUGUCAAUAAACAUAAAUAAACUGAAAAUCAAAUAAAUGAAAGAACCAAAUAAUGACUAUAAAAAUAAAAUGAAUUAAGUUAUAAUAAGGCCAUUGAUAUGAAAAGAAUUUACAGAAUACAUUUAAAAUGAAAACAAAAUAGUGAAACAACUCGAUAAAUUAAUGCUAAUAAUUAAUAAUAGUUAAGUAUGAGAUAAAACACACUACGCAACAAAUGUACUGAUAUGUGAAGAUGCAGAAAAGAAAGAGGAGUAUGAUAUGACAUAGAGAAAGUGCUGCUUUCUCUGUUACUUUAACAGUCUGUUCAUCAAUGCAAUUUUGUGAGCACCGUACCUGCACAAGUUUGUAUUCGUGUUUUUUUCUUUGCUGAUGUGUGCGUAAGUAAAGAAUGAUUGAGCAUAAUAUUUGCCUCCUGCGUGAAAUAAAAUUACAAAUUAUAAGGGCUCUUCAUGGUUGUUACCAGCUGAAACCAGUUUAGUGACCUGAAGAUUUUCUACCAUGAAAUGUUUAAAUCCCACUUGCAUUGGGCAGAUUUACAUUCCACAUGAAAUAUUAAUGUGUUCUCACAGCAGUCUCUGCAGAGAUGCCCUAACAUUCCAACCUUCAUGCCUUCAAAAAAUCUGGAAUUUUUGACUCCUGCACAAGCAGAAUUGAAAGGCAUUCUAUUUUGGGAAGACCUAUGUACUUAUUAUAGAGACUUGUACUACUUAACCACUAUGGAGCUCUGAGUCAACGCUCAGCUUUUUGGCAUUCCAUUGCAGUGUUUUUGUUGUUAAAUGACAACACGUGAUCAUAAUCAGACACCCAUUCAGUGAAUGUCUACAGACAUGUGUAAACUACCCAAGCUUAUGCUAUUUGUUAUGUUCCCUCAGUUUUGGAACAUUACUGUGAAAUUGUAGAAUGUUCUUCAUUAGCCAGACUGACCUAAUUCUCCAGCUUAAAGAGGCCUACUUACACAGCUCUAGUGGAAAAAAAAAAAUGGAAAAUGCAAACAUAUGUGAAGUAAAAUGGUCAAUGCAUGGAUAUUUAUCAAUCUGCUUUUCCUGCAGUAAAUAUGUCAAAAUGCAGCAAAUAAUCUUCUAAGAUGUCCCCUGUAAAGAUCAGACUUCACUUUUGCUCACAACGAGAUAUGGAAGUAGCCAGGAUUAAUGAUGGUGCAUAUUGUUAUUUUUUUAUUGGGUUUUUUUUUUGUUGCUUGUGCAUUUUAGGGCACAGCAUGAACUCUACAUAGGAAUCCAGGAAACUAGACAUUUAAACAAUCAUCCAAUCUUCUACUCAGCUCAAGUAUAUCAUUAGGCUUAAUGAUGGGAGACUAAUCAGGGUUUGUAACCUUAUAAAGUUCAGCCAGUGUCUCCAUACCAUUUAGACUAACUGGGAAGAAUUCCCUCAAAUUAACUCCUUAAGGAUCGAUGAUGCAUUCCAUCGAGACAUGUGAAUCAUUAAAUAAGACUGCUAAAUGAUUACUGCAUUUUGUGUCUGAGUACAGUUUCUAAAAGCUACAUUAUUAUGAUAACCUAGAUCAGGGGUUCCAAACCCAGUACUCAAGGACCCCCCAUCAGUCGAGAAUUUAGGAAUUACCCUCUUGUAUCUAAAGAGUUGUUGUUUUUUUCCUAAAAACACCCUGAAACAUCUGGGUAAUACCUAAAUCCAGGACUGUUAGAGGGUACAUGAGGACUGAGUUGGGAACCCCUGUCCUAGAUGAUCAUUGCUCCAGAACUGGCUAAUGGUUUCUUCCAAGUCAAUUAUUUAACAAUGUAUUUUAGUUAUUAUUAUUAUUAUUAUUAUGGUAUAGUAUAUAUAUAGCACAAACGUAUUCUGCUGCACUGUACAAUUAGCAUAAAGUAGUUUAACAAAUUAGAGAAACCAGUACAAAAAGAACGUAGGACAUUUCCGCUGAGCUGAGAUUUAGCAUUAACAACACUUUUAUACAAGUACUUAGCUAGCUUGUGAGCUUACAAUCUAAAGGUUAUUUUUUUGUGGAGUUGAGACACAAAGGAGACGGGGAAAUAUGAAGGAAAUAGAGCUUUGAAGAGUAUUUGCAGCAGCUGAUUUGAUGUAAACUGAUUUUGGAGCUACUGGGCAAGAUAUCUUAACUCCUUCAGUACUGUAAAGGAACAACUGGUAAAUGUUGCUCUGUCUUACCUGCAUCUCUUAAGCACACAACCAUAAAUUCAAUCCGACUGACUUACAUCCUUGAUUUGAACUCUCUACUUGAACCACUUCAGUCUGUUUUCUUCUCUAAUUAUUCUGUUGAAACAGCUCUUACCAAAAUGACCAGUGGCUUACUUGUCGUUAAAUCCAAGUAGCACUAAAUUCUUCUAAUUCUACUUGACCAGUCUAAUAUUUUUUUAUAUUUUCAACAAUCAACUCUUCCUCCUCAUCAUCCUUCAUGAUGUCAGUCUAUGUUCUUUCUCAUACUUGUACUUCUGAAUCCCACCUUCAAUAAACACAGAGGAACUGCACAUUUUCUAAAUUAUAGAAUAAUAAUAGUAAUAUAGAAUAAGAAUGUAAUUUAAUAUUUCAAGCCGAAUAGCUGCUAUAAGAAAUGUAAAAUACAUAAUUAAACUAUCAGAACUAUCAGUAAACAUCAUUUCAAAUUGUUAUAACCAACAAAGAGCAAAGCCAUUAAUUUAGUUGGUAAACAACUGAGUUUCUAUUAAAGCAUUAGGUCUAGCACUUCAGUGGUGCCAGCAGUUAAAAAGUUUGUUGGGUCAUUAUCUUAUAGACAGUGCUGUCAGCAAUAUCUCUCUAGGGUCAGAUGUAAACAGCUUAGAGUUAUAUCAUUAUUAAGUAGAGUGCACUGGAAUGCCUGGCUGCGUAGAAAGGUUGUACAUUCGUGACAUCCCAACUUGUAGAUUCUAAAUCAUUGUCAAAGAUUGAUUUAGCUGAUAAAUUGAGCAGACAUGCUUGCAAGAAUUGCCCCAACUCUGAGACGUCUGACAAAGACCUGGGAUCCCAGUCUUCUGAAUAAUUACUAGGGGUGCAAGGUAGCGGAUAAUAUUUUGCUCACACAUGAGGAGUGUACUAGUUAGACAAAUUAAUUUAGUCUGGACCCCUGAGGAGGGUCUGAAAUGCCUCAGGUAUAAUUCUGGUACUAUUUCAUUGUUUGCCGUUUGUGAGUCCCCUGUAAUACUGAGAGAGAAAUAACACCUCAAACAUAUCAGUGACACUUUAAUGCAUCAUAUUUAAACUUAUUGUACAGCUCAAUGUAGGAAUAUUGUUGUGCAGGCAGGGCUUUAAUCUAAUGGGGUGAAUGGUUAAUACAGCAUGGCCUGGGGUUAAUACACCAGGUGUGGAGAUUACCACUACAAGUUUAUGCAAUACUCUGAAUUUGGUGUCACAAUGUGAGUUAUAGAACCCAUGAGGAUUUAGAGUUGGACUUAUUACAUGCUCAAGGGCUGGUUUUAGGAAGGUCUUAAAGGGACACUUGCAUUUGGUAGAUUUUGGCCUCAUUAAUAUGCUGUAUUUUGCAUAAAAUAAAUGCUUUGCAGAAUAAUAUGCCUGUCCCUUUAGCCACAUCCCAUCAUGCCAGAAAAAUACUUCCUUAUCAAAUGUAUGCACACAGCUCAGUACUAAAUGACCUGAACUACAAACCAAUCUGCAUUAGAAGGAGAGGGCACCUAGGAAGACACGUGUAAGGAAAUCACUAUCUGUUUGUAGUUUCUCUGAUUGUAUAGAGACAGAUUGUGAAUUAAAAGCAGCUCACUCAGUACUGUUGGGACUAAAGACUGUGAGCAUACUUUUUUUUUUUCAAUUUGACAAUUUUUAUUAUUUUUGGGGUACAGAAAGGAAAAAGGGGAUGGGGAGUAUGCAAGUGAGCCAUUUAUGCCUCAUCACAGUUGUUUCAUUACAUUUUCCUAAUCUCCGUAGCAUUUGCAUGUGGAUACUUUUGGUACCUCUUAUCGUGUUGGGAUGGGGAUGGGGUACAGAAAACAAGAGGGGUGGGUGCAUGGUGGGAUGCAUAUCGGUGCUAGCAGAGGUUUGAAGAGGCUUGUCAUGAGGCCCUCCUCUUUCGUUCCCUUUUACUCUGUGUUGGGUUGUGUACCGUACAUGCGGUGAAUCUGUCUCCACUCCUGCCUUGGCUCUCAGGCCCUUGGACCCGCUGUAUGCGGGUUCCGUGUCUCCCUAAACGCUCUGGGGAGCCUCGUGUCUUUUGGGAUACCCUGUCUCCCACCCCUGGUCCUUCCUCGGGAGCCGUGUGGCCCUGAUCUCCAUUCGGGGAGGGUGUGGGGGUUAGCUCGUCCUUUACCCUCGUGGGUUUCGCGGUUUCUUUUACCAGAGCUAAUCUGUAUCCAAGUUGUGCUUGUGUCGGCGGGUAUGCUCGUGCCCUUAUUGUCUACCUGUAGGAUUGGGUAUCUGGGGGGGGGAGGGAUAACUGGGGUAACAAGUUAACUUGUAUGUCCUCGUUAGUUUGACUUGUGUUGUUUAUUUGACUCUGUAUUGUCCCUUUCGAUGACCCCUUGUGAGUUUCUAGGGUCUCGGCCCUCUGAGUAUGUUGCCCAGAGCGCUCUCGCUGUGGCGUUUCCCUUACCCAUUUUUUGUUUGGUUCCACAUUAUUCCUUUAUAUUCUAACGUCGUGGUAACCAGCAUUUCUACCUCCGCUAUAGAUGGGACCCUUGGGGUUUUCCACUGUUUUGCUAAUAGUGUGGAGGCUGCAGUUAAUGUUAGGAAUGUUAGCUUGAUGUUGCAAUGUGGCGUGCCUGGAGUAGAAAUGUUUCUGCAUUGUGGUCUAGUAUGUACCCUGUGGAUCCCUGUAUUAGCCCCGCUAUUUGCUUUCAGUAUGGUUGAACUAGGUCACAUGUCCACCAGAUGCGUCAGGUAUCUCCAACAUCUGUCACUCGUGUCAGGGUAUAUUUUCUUAAGCCGUGAAGGCACCAUGUACCAUCUGUACAUUAAUUUACGUGAGGUCUCUAUGUGGGAGGCGCAUGUCGUGAGUCCUUUAUGGUUUGUGUAAAUGCAGUGCCAUUCGUCUUGUGUAAGUGUCCUACCUAUAUCCCUGUGCCAUUCGGCCAUGUACCUCCACUCCGGCCCUAUUUCGCUCUUGGUGAUCGACUUGUAGCACACAAAUAGUGUUUUUUUUAGCUGGGAUUUGGUGUAGACACAUCCUUUCAAAAGGAGUGAGAGUGGUGGGGGAUGUGGGUGGGGGGUCUUGUCUUGUAGUUUUGCCUAUUAGUGCUUUCAUCUGCCAGUAUGAGAACGUGAGCUGCGGUGGUAUGUUGUGUGUGGUCUGAAUAGUUGGUAACGUGUGAAGUCCUUGAGAGGAGCUUAUCUGAUGCAGGUGUGUGAUGUUGAAGGCCUUCCACGCUCUAUAUGGGAAUAUUAUUAUUAUACUUAUUAGAGUUAUUGAGUGCACUGGCGUCGCCAUAGACCACUGCCCGGCAGAACAGAAUUUGGAUCUGUGACUGUCCCAUAUGCGGUACAGAGGUUUAGUGGUAGGUAGGGCUGUCUGAUGAUGUGCGGCGCAGUCGUUUGGGCAUCCACAGAGCCGCUGGGAAGUUUGCGACCCCACUGCAACCAGCUUCUAUCUCUAUCCAUUGGGGAGUGUAUGUAGAUGAGUGCAUGGCGAGGAUAUUCGCCAUUUGCGCUGCGUGGUAGUACGCCUUAAGGCUCGGGAAGCCCAGGCCUCCUCUGUCUAUUGGCCUCAUAAGCAACGUUCUUGAGACCCGGGGGUGUCUCCCUUCCCAGCUAAAUUUAAUCAGGUUGGAUUGGAGUCUUUGUAGGUACGCCUGCGUUAGGGGUAUUUGUAGAGAGCGGAGCACAUAGAGGAUUUUAGGCAAGAUUGUCAUUUUGAUGGCCGCUAUUCGGCCUAGCCAUGAAAGGAACUUGUUCUGCACGAAUGCAGUAUGUGCUCCACCUCCUUGGUUAGUUUAAUGCCUAGGAAUGUCAAGAAGUCAUUCCUCCAGUCAUAUUGGAAUUUGAGUCGAUAUCUCCCUUCGUCUGCCUUUGGGAUGUUUAUGCACAUGGCUUGGUUUUAGUUAGGUUUACUUGGUAGUAUGAUUGCCUGCUGUAAUCUUGAAUUUCUUUAUGGAGGUUUGGGAGUGAGAUUGCUGGGUUAGAUAGUGUGAGAAGGAUAUCGUCUGCGAAGAGAUUUAGUUUGUAUUCCUUGCCACCUAUGGUGUUCCCCUUAAUGUCCUGGUUGUUUCGAAUCGCUAUGGCCAGUGGUUCCAGGGCCAGCACAUAGAGUAUUGGGGAAAGGGGGCAGCCCUGUUGGGUACCAUUGGUAAUUGCUAGUGGAGUGGAGCUAAACCCUGAGUUUAACACUGUCGCUGAGGGGGUGCUGUAAACGGCCUUUACCAUGUUAAGGAAGUCGGGAGGAAAGCCAUAUCCGGUGAGCGCUCCCCGCAAAAAUUGCCAGUUAAGCCGGUCGAACACUUUUUCAGCGUCUAGGGAUAUGAGUGUACUUUGUGUUUUGGUUCUAUUGAGGUAGUGGAGGAUGUCUAACACCUUCCUCGAGUUGUCUGGGCCCUGUCUGCUGGACACAAAUCCCACCUGGUCCGUUUAGAUCAGGUCGGGCAGGAUUGUUUUAAGUCUCUCAGCGUAUAUUUUGGCGUAUAGUUUGGCAUCUGUGUUCAGCAGGGAUAUGGGUCUGAAAUUUGGGCAUGUCGUGCGCGGUUUACCUGGUUUGGGUAGGGUGAUGUGGGCUGUGAGGAAUUCGGUCAGUAGGCUACUCUGUCGUGUAGCCAAGUUGAAGGCUUGUGUUAUAUAUGGGCUCAGAAUGUUUUUGAAUGUGGCGUAGUAGAGGUUUGUGAGGCCGUCUGGGCCUGGUGCCUUUCUCUUCGGCAUCAGUUCUAUCAACUGUAGUGCUUGCUGGGUUGUGAUGGGGUUCGUUAGAUGCGCUAUGUGUUGUUCUUGGACCUAUUCUGUGAUUGUGUCUUGGGUGGGUUGGUGUACUUGAGGGUUGUCUUUCAGGUUGUAGAGGGAACUAUAGUAGGUCGCAAAUUCGUUGCAAAUUUGUGUGGGUUGGGUAAAUUUUUGUCUUUUUGGUGAGCGCAGGUAGGGGAUUUUUGUUUGGGCUUGUUUGUCUCUGAGUCUCUGGGCGAGAACUUUACUAGCCCGAUUUCCAAGGACAAAUGUGUUGGCUUUCAGUUUUUUCAAUGCAUAGCUCGCUUUUUGGAAGUUUGCGACAUUAAUUUGACUUUGCAUGUCCUUUAUCUGUUUUUGCGUGGUCAUGGAGGGGCCGAGUAUGUUAGCUCUGUGGAGGUCCUGCAGUUUUUUUAGAUUUUGGAUAUGUGUGUGGUGCUGCCGUUUCUUGAGGUAAGAGGCUCUUUUGAUGAGGAUGCCUCUGAUGACCGGUUUGUGGGCCAUCCAAAGUGUGAGGGCGUUUAUGUCCAUUGUGUUGUUGGAUUGGAAGUAUGCAUGUAGGUCCUGUUUUAGUGUUUGGACAAAAUGGGGGUCGCUAAGGAGUUGUUCAUUUAACCUCCAGGGGCCUCUGUUCUUAUAAUUAUAAUGGUCUGCUAUGUGAAGUGUGACCGGGUUGUGGUCCGACCAGGAGAAUGUUCCCAUCUCACAAUCUAUUGCUCUAUUCAGGUGUGCGCUCUGUAGCAGAAACCUGUCUAUCCUUGAGUACGUGUUACGUACCUGGUAGUUGUGUGUACUCUUUCUCAUGUGGGUGCAGAGUGCGCCAUAUAGUCUGUAUGUGUGUAAAAGCUUGGUCAAGAUUUUACACUGUCUGUGGAGUACCUUUGCUCUGCCGGCUGUGUGAGUUGCUGAGGAAUCUAAGGUAGGGUCUUGGAAUUGGUUGAAGUCUCCGCAUAUGAUUGUGGUGCCUGUUUGGAGCUGUGUUAUGAGUUUCAACAAGUUACUGAAAUAUGCUCCUUGGUUUACGUUUGGUAGGUAUGUGUUGACUAUGGUAUAAGUGGAGCUAUUGAUAGUGCAGAUCAAUAUAAUGUAUCUGCCUAGCGGAUCUUUUUUCACCAAACUUUCGUCGAAGGCUAAGUGUCGGCUGAGUAGGAUAGAGACUCCCUUUCGUUUUGUGGGUGCGGUGGCAUGAUACUGAUGGGGAUGCAGUGCCUUCCCCAGGGUGGGAGUUGUAUCUGAUGAAAAGUGUGUCUCUUGUAAGCAUAUCACAUCAGCUUGGGUGCUCUUAAACUCUUUAAGGAGAGUGUACCUUUUUUGUGGGGUAUUCAACCCUCUGACAUUGUGGGUGUAUAUUUUCAUAUUAUUAUCGCGUGAUGUGCGUACCUUGGUCUGGGGCUCCUUCGGUGCUCAUGUUAGUUUGCUUAUCUGUGUGUUUGAUGGCUGAUGCGAUGUGAAAGGGAGUGCAGGCUAGUUUGCAGGUGGAUCGAGUAUCCGAGCUCCGAGGAUUUUGGCCUUGACCCUGUUUGGGGUGCCAUAUAAUAUUGGAGUGAUGCUGUUUGGGCAUGGUCUCAUAGUUUCGGUACUUUGCAUUAGUGUAAGCGGUUAGAAGACAUACAUCAAUAAAAUAUAACAAACAUUUUAAACAGUAAGUGAACACCACUACUGAGGUGUCCAGUGUUUCCAUUAUGAAGGUUGUAAUUUAAACCUUCUUGGUUUGAGGGUAGGUGGUCGGGUCUAACCGUUUUGAACUCGAACCCGUGCGACUAGGUUCAUUAUUGUUAAGCACUUAGCAGCAGUUCGACCCUCAGGGCUAUGGGUCUGGAGGAGGUCGGUGCCCUCUGCGGUGGACAUGAUCACGUGCGUCUUGCCGUCCUUGUUAAUAAGCAGCUUUACCGGGUAUCCCAAUCGGUACUGGAGGUUGCGCUGGCGGAGUGUCUCUGUGAUGUUUCGGAAUGUCCGACACCUUUUUAGUGUUUCUGUGGAUAGAUCUGUGUAGGUAUUGAUGUCUUUGAACUUCCCCGGUACAUUUCUGCUGGUUCGGUGGGUUUUCAAGAUCUGCUCUUUAAUGUGAAAGUAAUGUACUCUCAUGAGGACAUCUCGUGGGGUGGAGGGAGGUAAGUGUGCAGGCUUUCCUACUCUGUGUAUCCUAUCUAGGAUCAGCAUAUCUGCCGGGAUGUCGGGCAGCAUGGAGUGAAAAAACUCUAUAGCCUAGGCCGUUAGCUCCUGCUGGUGCACCUCUUCCGGUAUGCCCCACAGCCGUAGGUUAUUGCGGCGGGAGCGGUCCUCCAUAGCCAUGAUUUUUUUUCAUACCGCUCCAUCAUGGAGUCAUGGGCUGUGACAAACUCCUCCAUUCUGCCCUCUAAGUGCGAGGUUCUGCUGCCUAAGUCAGCAAUGUCCCUUCUCAGGUCUGCUAUUGCUGUGUGGAUCGUGCUCUGCAUUUUCCCUGCUAAUUCAUCCAGCAUGUGCUGCAGGGCUCAUUUGUUUAAUGCUGUACCUGCUGGAACUCUCAGCAAGUCAUUGUGUGUGUGUCUGCUCUGUGCUAUAGCUUGCUCUUUAAUUUAACAUUAGACUUAGUACUCCUGUAACAUUUUCAUAUUCCUCAUAUCUUCCUCAAAUGGUUCAUGAAGAUAUGAUGGGUCUGGAAAUAGCUGCUUAAAUGAUCACAGAACAUUUGUCUUCAUACUCUGGUCCAAAUCCAGAUUUUAAAAAUGUCAAAGAACUUUAGAAGUGUCAAAGAAAAGUGACGAGAUGUUGUACAUGAUGUGCUCAUUUAACUAGAGAGAAUGAUACUAAAACAUAUUAUUACUCUCAAAUGUAAACUCUCUCUUGGCGUAUGAUGAGUGAAGGUCUUAUUGGGAAUGUGAAUUAAAUGAUGUGUUGAAAGGAAGUACUGGGAGAGAUCUGUUCUGUAAGACAAUAAAUAAACUGUCUUCCUUACUGAUACUUCUUGGGGUUCCCCAGUUAAACCCAGUAAGGGUUCUAUGAACAGUCAUCUAAGGGCACUGUAUAUAUUCAUGUUGUAAAGAAUUAUACAAACCAUGCCCUCUGCAUGUUUUAUAAGUGUUUCUCAUUAUAUAUUUACGUUAAGAACCCCUAAAUUCCUAAUCGUACCAGAUAUCUAGUCAGUGUUUUUCAGAAACAAAUCAUCAUGGUGUCUGUGAGGAUGUCAAAAAUGCACUUCAAAUCAGCGUAAUGACAGAAGUGUAAUGAGAUGCAAAGUGUGAGCGUGCAAUGAUUUGCCCAGUUAAUGCAAUGAUUUGUAUCCAUAUAGUAAAUGCUGUGUGAUAUUAAACAUGAUCAGCAUAUUAGGCACAUCUGCAUCUACUAACGUAGUGAACACAAGGCUUUCUGUGGGCCCAUCUGUCUGACAACUGACCUGAGAUGUGACCUUAACAAAACUCACUCUGACUUUCAAUCGCUUUUGAAAAGCUUCCCUGACCUUUUGCCGAGAAAGCAAGUGAAGCAGUAAGGAUGAAUCGAGAGGAUCAUGUCACUUACAAAGGAACCAAAGUGUGAUUUAGCCUUGAUCUGAAAAUGUAGGCACUGAGAAAUGUGAAUAUUGUUUGGAUAAUGUUACCACUAAUCCAUUUUCCUCUAAUUAACUCAGAGAUGUAGCCUUGCACAGUCCUUCCUUUUUCUAUUCAGCGGAACACUUAUCCUCCAUUUAAACUACGUACCAUGUGUUUAAAUAUUUUUAUUUCUACAUAUUGCAUAAAGUGGGUUAGAUCACCGGUCAGUGGGAUAGUUGAUUUAUUCUUUGAUUAGAACAGAUUUCUUAGAAAAUUAUAUUCUUUAUUGUAUUAGCAGUAUUCAUAAUGUAGUUGUAUUCUGAAUAGAGACUUUGACCCAAGUUAUAUAUUUGUAAUGGGUACCAUAAGACACCACAAACACUUCUUUCAAAUAAAGUAAACGAUGGAUUGGGUAUAUCUUCUGCUGCAAAUCAAGUCAAUGACAUGUCAGAGAAUGCUGUUCAAAAUACGAUAUUUUUAAAGUAAGAUGUGUUCUGUAGCAGAGCUCCCUGUAUCCCGGCUGGGUAUCUCCGCCAAGGACCGCUUCCUAGCUGGAACCAGGGAAAACCCCAGCGCUUCUGCCCCAGUCACCGAGGCUCACAGGGACUGGAUGACAAACAGUCCUGGUGUCAGGAUUACUAGUUGAUCCAGCACGUAGAACUGUAUCACACAGAUGACUAAUAGGUAACAUAUUACCGGGCCUUAGAACGGCCAGACUUAAUGUACCAAAAAGUAGUCAGGAUACUUGCCGAGGUCAGGGGAUACAGAAAGAGACACAACGAUAAGGGAAAGCCAGAUGUCAGGGAUACCAGAAUACACGGAAGUCAAAAUCAAAGCCAAAGUCAAAAACCAGAAGAAACUUGAAUCAGGAACACGCUCUCGGACAAUCACUAGGGAAACCACGACCGAGCACUGAGCAGGAUGAGAACUGGGCCUAAAUACCCCUCCUCUUGAUCUGAUAGGCUGUAAUUGGCCUUUGACCCCAAAGACAGUUACCAGGUUCUCAUUUGCAUAACUGCUGCUCAGCACAAACCCUCAUGUGGAUUUGAUUGCUGCUCGGCACAACUUUUCCUGUCAGAACAGUAAAUGUCAUUAAUCACAUUUUUAUAUGUGGAUGAAUAUGUGACACCUGGGAGCUCUAAUCCUUACAAGGACUUUCCCCGCCGAAUCCUCCACGAACUGGAAAAAGGUGCUAAACAGUGAUUAUAGCUUUUCCCCUCCCAGUAACUAGACGACACAUAGUUCUGGGAUUACAACUGAUCUUAAUGAGCCAAACUCAGCCUUUUAUGCACAGACCCCAGCAGGGGGUUUCCAUUGUAUUCAGCACAAGCCCCUCCCAGGAAUCUCUGGGGCUGGGAGAUAAUUGCAUUAAAGGGACACUCCAGGCACCCAGACCACUUUUGCCCAUUGGAGUGGUCUGGAUGCCAACUCCCACUACCCUUAACCCUGCAAGUGUAAUUAUUGCAGUUUUCAUAAACUGCAAUAAUUACCUUGCAGGGUUAAGUCCUCCCCUAGUGGCUGUCUACUAGACAGCAGCCACUAAAGGGCACUUCCUCGUCUAUAGCACACGCUAUGUGAGGACCUCCAGCGUCACUAAAAUCCCCAUAGGAAAGCAUUGAAAAGUCUAAUGCGCGUGCGCAGCAUUGCGGUCUCCCCCGCCGGCGGGCGGGAUCAGUCUCCCUGUCGGCUGACGUGGUGACGGGGAGGAGCGUGGGAGGGAGAGGGGACCUGCAGUGCCAGGAAAACGGAUUGUUUUCCUGGCACUGGAGAGUCCCUUUAAAGACCAGUAAGCCAAUUAUCUCCCAGGAACAUAUAAAAUAUAAAACAUAAAAAAUACCCCAAAACAUAAUAAAAACAUAAAAUAAACCCACAAAUAACUACAUCAUUAAAUCAUUAAUUACAUCAUUAAAUAGCUCUGAUCUGAGCGCCCAAGUUCUCCAAAUAGCGCUCAGAUCCAUGCGGUAUAGGAGAAACGCUACCGUGUUAAAGUUUUGACCGGCUGCACACAUGGUCCUAUGCCCAUAAUAGUUCCAGGGCGUUUGGUGCUUUUGCCGGUCAGCUUUCGGGAGCUCCUGCAGCACAAUAUGGGGUGCUCCGCCUGGUUCUUAGGUAGCGAUUGUUCCCCCUAGUCUCAGACACCUUCCCUCCAAAAAGCGCUCUCCUGGUGGAUUUCAAAGUGGUUCAAAACCGCAAACCAAGUUGUCUGGGAAUCGCACGGUCACCUCUUGCCAAAAACAGUUCCAUAACAUUUGCUGCUAAGCACAGCUAGGACUAUUCAUGGGUUUGGUUCAUGCGGACGGCCGCCAGAGAGCCAGUGUUCGGCUCUAUUCGCAUAAAGGGAAAGUGCCACACCAAGGGUACCCAGGGAACACUACUAAUGGCGGCUGGGCAGGGUAACUCCCAAACGGUGUCCCAGAUCUGGGAGGCAGCUCUGGCAUAGUCUCCUCAGCACAGUGGCCCUACCUUCUAUGAGAUCAUUAGUGCUGAAGAUAAAGGCCCAAUCCAAUGGUUCUCAUAGAGAAGCAUUGGGGUCCAACAAUGCAUGCACACAAUCACCAUACUCCGUCAAUCAGAAGCUUUACUUCUCUAUGCAUUCACAGCAUUCAGCGUCAUUAAGUCUGACAGAAAAAAGAGGUGUAGUUUAGCCAAAAUACAAACAUUGCGGGUUCUUUUUAACUGCAAUGUUUUACAUUAAAAAGAAAAAGGAUCUAUGCACCAAAACUAUUUUAUUAAGACAAAGUGGUUUGAUGCCUAGAAUGUCAAUUUAAUAAUUAAUUUAUUAACACAGUCUCAGAGUUUAUUUAAGGUAUUGCGACUAUGUUUAUUACUUUAUUUUUAUAUAUUUUAUAUUUUGUGCAGAAUCUGAGUGAGGCAGAAUGCACCAUAAACAAAUUAACAAUGCUCAACAUUUUAAUAGAAGCAUCGUUUCAGUCUGUGGUGCUCUAAUGGAAUUAUGCUGGUGUCAGUAGGUAUUCUCAAAUAAUUAGGAGUGGAUUUAACCGAUCAGAUAAGUUGUGCAAAGUUCUAAAAUUGGUAUUCUCCCCGUGGAAACAAAUGAAAUCAGUAGGAACAUUCCAUUGGUGAUUACUGAACAACUUUGCACCUUUUGUUCAGGUCAAAACACUUUCAUAUCGCUCCCCUUUAGAGUUAUUCACGAAGCAAUGCUUGAAAUGAUUUGUAACUCGCAUUUUUAGACACUACUGGGAUACAAUUUCAUGGCUUGACAUUUAUACCAGUGAGAGAACUCUACAGAUUCUUUGUACUGAUCUUAGACGCUAUUGUUUUCUGAGUCUCGGACCUUUCUACUAACCUACUUGGCUGUAAUAAAGGAAGCAGUGAUAUAAACCAAAAACCAAUGUGGUAGAGUAUCUGCCGUCUGUUUCAGUUCUGCAUUUCACUUUGAUUACAUGCCACACAUGAAGUAGGGUUAUAUAAUAAAGAAACAGAGCCUAGGGGAAAACAAACAUUCAUUUUGAUCCAUAGCUGAAAAGGUUUUGAGCAGAGAUCAUUCAGAAAUGCAGUAGCUUCAAAGAGAAUUAGAGGUACAGGAGGUAACUAAAUAUUCAUUGUUUCAUUAUUUGUUUAUUUUUCACAAAUUACCCAAAAUUAUUAAGCAAAACAAAUCCUUUCUUUGUGUACUUAAAGGACCACUCCAGUUACCAUAACAACGGUGUACCAAUGAAGUUGUUAUGGUGUCCACAGAGGUCGUUUUAGAAUAUGUUUUCACACACAGAGAAGCAUGCCAAACAAGUGGAUUCGUGAGAAAAUAGGAUGCUGGAAUUUUACAUAGAUAAAUGGAAAAUGCUGAAUUUGUAAGUAACAGACUUUUACAUAAUGCAAUGUAUCUUAAUGUCUUUCUCAUUACUCCUACCUGGGUCAUCAUGAUAUUGUAGUGGGUAGCAAAUUAUUAUAAUAGGCACAUUAUAUCUGUCAGGGCUUAAAUACCUACAGUAAAUAGUUUAUUGUAGAAAUGCUACACCUCUGAUACUGUGAUAGAAUCCAAAGAAGGUGAUAUAUUCCAAUUGAGAGGCGAGUCACUGAAGAUUUUACUAAGCAAAUGUCACGUGCUACAUUUUUGCCUCUGUCACAAAUGUUGAGAAUCAUGACCAUAACGAGCCUGAUAUAUUAAAAUCCAUCAUGCAGGAGCAUUCAUGAAUUUCCAUCCAGAUGUGACCUUGCAGGAGUGCUCAUUAUCAGGCAGCAGCUGUACAGUGGGAAGAAGCGAGUUACCCAUUCCAAGAUAUUCGCCGGCCAUGCUGAUUCAAACUGAUAAAACUGAUACAUAUCAUGAAAAUUCUAAAACUGGUUAAAUAUUAUAGGUCGGCCACAUAUGAAACCUCAUGUUUAACCAUUAAUAUCUGUGAAUGUAUCACCAGUUUGUUGUUAUCUCCAGGUCAUCCUUCUGUUUUAGGAAUUCAUUAACUGCGGUACGCGGGUAGUAUAGGGACACUGACUCCAAGAACAGCAUGAGCAAAAGCUCCCGGAUCUGAGGCUGAUUUAUUCCUUCAAUUAAAGCGAGCCUAAAUCUACAUGAUUGAGCAACUGUCCCAGCUUGAAAAGGUAUUUAGUCUCCACAUUCACACUGCUCUUUAGAUGAAUAACCUGUAAGUAUCAGCAUCAAUUACCACCACGAAAUUCCAUAAAACUAAAAAAAAUAUAUAUCAUAAAUAAUAAAUAUAUAUGUAACUAACAAAUGUCCAAGACAUAGCUUGCAAUCUGUAAAACUCUGCCAACAAAAUAGUACCCACUUCAAAAAAUGAAUUUACCAAAAAACUUUUAAAAUGGAUGCUGUAAGCAACAACUUUAGCUUAAUGAAGCAGUUUUGGUGUAUAGAUCAUGUCCCUGCAAUCUCACUGCUCAAUCUUCUGCCAUUUAGGAGUUAAAUCCCUUUGUUUAUGCAGGCCUUGUCACACCUUCCUGCAUGCGACUUACACAGCUUUCCUAAACAAUUCCUGUAAAGAAAUCUGAUCUUUAAACUUUAUUUUUGGAGCUGCAAUGAUACAUCAUGAAUAUGGUCACAUAAAUCAGCUGCAAUAAGACGAGUACAACAAUAUUCAGUGUAUGUCAAUCUAAGAGUAAAUUGCAUACUUAAGUAUCAUAGACAUUAGGAACACAGUUCUAUCUUGUCAGACAGAUAAGGAAUGGAAACAAAGUCCCAGGAUAGAACUGUAUGCAGGAGCAAAAAGUAGGUACCACUGGAUAAUGAAAAAUAACUAUAACAACUGCAGGUGAGCAAUUAAGGCACAUCAACCUAUGUAAUAAGAUAAAGUUUGGAAUUUGUGCACCGUGGGAUCAGCAAUAGGACAUUCAAGUUGCAGGUGUAGUGCGUGGGCAACUCAACCAAUGCCCCUGGAGGUUAAAUCCCAGCUUCUCUCGCUGUCAGGCACUCAGAUGGUGCUGCUCCGUUGAGCCAAAGCAUUCAGCCCAUCUGGUAUUCUCUUCUCCUGGAAUUCGUUUUGGCUUUUAGCCAGAGCUAACUUGUAUUAGAGACCGGGAGGCUUAUUAUCCCGCAGUCGAGGUGAGUAUGCAUAGGUUAGGACGUAAGAGCUGUGAUACCUGAUCACCCGCCGUGGUGGCCUCUUAUGCUUUCUCCUCCACAUUGACGCUCUUGGGACUCGCUGGGAAUAUCCCUUCAUGUGGUGCUGGUCAGCAGGAAGGCUUUGGGGUGCCGUGACCUGGCCAGUAAGAGUUAAGGUAAGUCCAUGAGCUACAGAAUCUCCCAGAAUUUUGCGAAUAUGUGAUCAAACGCCAUGAGGAGCGGGUCCAUGAGUAUGGUCGACUAUGAGAAGGUGCACGUGGUCAUAGGCCCAGGUUGGGCAGCCAUCUUAACUGCAAGACUGAGAUUCUCUGAAUUGUUGGGAGACUUUAUUUCUUAAGAAGUUGACCACACAAAUACUCCAGUGCGGACCGGGAUAUCCCCCACUGGUCCAAAGAGGGGACACGGGGGGUUACGGGGCCCAAAGCCAGCAUGCUUCAAUUUGAGGUCGGGAGAUCGGCCGCUUCCCCCGCCAUGAGUGUAACUACAGGCUGCAAGGGAGCCGGUCUCAGGCUAUCUCCCUGGGAUGCAGGUAAGAAAUUCCAAAGCAGUUGGCAGGGUGUUCCCCACGGUUGGAAGCAAGAUUCAUAGGAAAUAUUGUAAAGGUAGAGGGGAAAAUGGUUUCUAUGAAAUAGCAACAAAUCCUGGAGGUUAUUGUCAGACAGAUGGUGAGGAAAUUAAUGCUGAAAAGGGGUUAGAUAUUCCAUAAAGAAACCUCAAUAUCAACUAUAAACUUUUAAACUGUCAAGAAAGAAAAGAUUAACGUUUUGGAAUAGUAUUUAGAGUCAGACUAGAUUACUAUUGGAAAUCUCUGGGCUGAACUAGAAGAAUACCAUACUGGGGUGGGGAAAAAUUCACAAAGCAAGAAAACAAAAGCUGUAAUCUCUGUGACAAACAAUAUUACCAAGUACUGAUGGCAAGGUAUUCGCAAACCUUUCGCAUAUCACAUUUACACUUUCAUUUUUUCAAUCAGUUAAAUUUAGCCAAUAAAUAGUAAUAGUGUAGAGUUUUGUUUUUUUUAACUACAGAGUUUGUGUUAACUUCUUUUCACUUUAAAAAAAUCAACAGAUUGUAUUUUUUUAUACUAUUGUAUUUAUGUAUUCUGAUUGCUGUUCUAGCAGAUGCGUUCUGGAGUUCUUUAGGUCUUAUAUGGGAAAGAUGAUAGCCAUUACUAAAUUGUUGCUCUCGUUUGCUCAACUAUUAAGAACAUUCAUUUAAAAUUUUCACUGACUCAUUCUCCCCAUUGCUCCCCGUUAACGCCCCAAAUUCUCUCAAGUUCAACCACCAAGCAAUUAGAAACUAGUUGGUACCAAAUCUAGCGAACACACCCUGAGACCAGCUAGAAAAUCAAUUAAGAAUGCGAGUAAAUUGAGUAAGGCCAUCUGACUACCUAACUUCCUAGGUUCGUACCCUCUACUAAUAUGGAGAGUGGCCAAGGGCACACAGAUAGCAACAUAUCCUGAAACAGGGGAACCUGGCCCUCUGCCCACUACUACUGACCGAUUGGCCCACCCGACAAGAUACUGGUUCCCCCAGUAUACCCUGAACCAGUGGCGUACAUACCGCGGUCACAGGGGUCGCGGCUGCGACUGGGCCUGGCCCACCAAGGGGCCCGGCCGCCCUGCGACCCAGUAUGUACCCAGAGUGGCCAGCCUCUUCUCCUGGGGGGCCCAGGAGCCGGUCACCUCAGGGCCCCCCGAGGCUGGCCCUGGUGUUACCCAUCGGGCUGGCUGGUGGGCGCGCGAAGGAGCACUCUCCCCUGAGGGCUCUCUGCCCAGCUCCCUCGCGCACCGCACUGAUGCCGGAGCCGGAAUAUGAUGUCAUAUUCCGGCUCCGGCAUCAGUAUGCGGUGCGCGAGGGAGCUGAGCAGGAAGCACUCAGGAGAGAAAGCUCCCUCGCGCGCCCGCCAGCCCGCUGGGUGACACCAGGGCCAGCAACACCACUGGACCCCAGGGAAUCCCGUCAGCACUCCCAAAGGUAAGGAGGCUGGGGGAUUAAAUUUAAAAAAAAAACAUGUGUGUGUGUUAGUGUUAGAGUGUGUGUUAGUGUUAGUGUGUGUGUUAGUGUUAGAGUGUGUGUGUGUGUAUGUGUUAGUUUGUGUGUCAGUGAGUGUGUUACUGUGUGUGUCUGUUACUGAGUGUGUUAGUUUGUGUGCAUCUGUUAGUGAGUCUGUUUGGUGUCUGUUAGUGAGUGUGUAUGUGUCUGUCACUAAGUGUGUGUCUGUUCAUGAGAGUGUGUGUGUGUCUGUUAGCUAGUGUGUAUGCGUCUGUUCGUGAGAGUGUGUGUGUCUUCAGCACUUACCUUUCUCCAGCGCCGGACUCCCUUGGUGCUGGGGAUCCCUCUGCCCCGAUCCUCCGCUCAGCUCCAAAUGCGCAUGCGCGGCAAGAGCAGCGCGUGUAUUCAAACCGCCCAUAGAAAAGCAUUACUCAAUACUUUCCUAUGGACGUUCAGUGUCUUCUCACUGUGAUUUUCACAGUGAGAAUCGCAGAAGCUCCUCUAGCAGCUGUCAAUGAGACAGCCACUAGAGGCUGGAUUAACCCUCAGUGAAACAUAGCAGUUUCUCUGAAACUGCUAUGUUUUCAGCUACAGGGUUAAAACUAGAGGGACCUGGCACACAGACCACUUCAUUGAGCUGAUGUGAUCUGGGUGUCUGUAGUGGUCCUUUAAGUGUAUGUGUAUUUGCACGCACUGGCGUACAUACGGCAGGGGUCUGUGACCCCUGCGACCGGGUGCCCGCCACCAUUUGUUGCGGCCCAGGCCCGCGCAGAGCAAAUGCGCGGGGGGGGCCCACAGAUCAGUUUUUGCACUGGGGCCCCAUGGGUUGUGUGUACGCCACUUCCCCGAACCACACCCAAGAUCUGGCUGGGUCCCAUGCACUACUGUGCACCAGGUGCCCCACACAGUUGCAUACCCAUAUUUACACGCUCUAUGCAUAUUCUACACUAUGGAUUCUUAAUUGUGCACCUGCACGAACUCCUGUGACUUCACCGAGGUUACAAAGACGUCCCCCGCACCCUCCAGAGGGCUAGGCUGCUUAUAGCUACCAGUGUUGCAUUGCCCCUGGUAUCCCCACCCUAAGACCUAAGAUCUCUGGGAUGUGAACACCCCACAUACAGAGAUAUUUCUGCCCUCCAACCUACAAAACACGAUGGGUAAAAAUGUAUGCUUAGGCGUUACUUGUUGACCAAUACCAGUAUACUAUGGGACUGCCAGUAAUGUGUGACUCUCUGUUUACCAUUAUGCCAAACCAUAUGUACUUGUGCAAAUGUGUUAUGUCUGCAUCUUACAAUAAAAAUGAAACAUUUUAAAAAUGUUCACUGACUAAAUCACUGAAUGGUUUGGUAAUUUAUGACAUUAUAACCAAAAACAGAAUGUGUAUAGCAAACAGUUUAGCACACUGUGACAUUUUCCCAAUAAAUAUAAACAUGACAAUCAAGGUAAAAGCAGGUGAAUACAUUUCAAAUAUUUGCAAUAUAUAUUUUAUAGAAAUUCCUCCUAAAACUUUGAGACACAAAAUAAUGAGUGAUUAAUAUUAUUAUGGAUUAAGGUAUAAUCAGCAGCAUUUAUUGCUAAGCUUAGCACACAGUACCCAUAGUGUAGUAUCCCCCAUCAGACAUUGGUUACACCUGUCUGCAAUGUGUUGUAAAACAGAAAGAAGACCGUAAAUACUUAGUAAAUUACAGAUCCACCCUGUCGUUCAAACACACCCAGGAGAGUCGAAGCAGGUAAAAAAAACACCAGCAGAGACCUGUGUAUACAUUGUUACAGUCACUGCUACAUACGUCUGGGCUCCCUAAAUCUACACUUGUCAACACAUGGUGAGUGUGUAGAAUGAUGAGCUCAUUAAACCUUAUCCAUACAAAUUACAGCUGAAAAAAGAGACAGCAAUCAGUUCAAGUAUGUGUCUGCACCAAUAAAGACCUCUUCACCCACCCGUUUGCUGCUGGUGUUUUGGAUUUUUUUAAACUUGUAUUUUCAGCUGGCUGAAGUAGAGUCAAUUCCACAAUUUGAGACCAACCCUCCCUAAACACUGAAGUAAUAGACAGCUAAAAUACAUAAAAUAAAGAAUGUAUUCCGUACAUUAGGACCAAAAGAAUGAUCAGCUUUCAUUUGCAAUUCAUACCAGUAUUCUCUGUAUUAGCCCCCCUCCACCAGCAAAUACCCUGACCAACAAGUUAGCAAAUAUAAUAAUACUUUCACCGCUCUCUAAUGAGGAUCACAGUUAUGGUUACUGCUUAUCAAAGGUCACGAUGCAUUGCUGUAAAUCAAGACUGUGACGAAGUGCCCUUCGCCACUUGUGCCUGGAGAGGACUGCUUGCCCGCCUCUUGCCCUGUGACUAUUGCCCUUUAAAGACAUGAUUUGGGCAAAAUGGAUUUGUGUUGUGCUGCUGCUGGCCCUUUAAGAACCAUCUGGGGACAUACUGUGGAGUUACUGGGUGGCCACCAUUUCCUGUAUCAGAAGCACAUGGUGAGAACAAUGGAUGGCGGCCAUUUUAACUCACAGACACUGUUUGGACUUUUCAACACGGUGCCAUCUCGCCAGUAUUUGGUGCACAGAGACAUCGUGCAGUGGUUUUGGACUAUACAGCAGGGGACACAUUAUACAGUAAUUGUUUUUCAUUUAGCCUGUAUAUGUUCUGCAGAAUCUGCAUUAAACUGUAUUUUCCAAAGUACUGAACGGAUCUGGGUGAAUUUUGGAUAUGUGGUUCACCCAGAUCCCCCGGUUCCAAGGAUAUACUUUUUAUGGGGUUAUUGCAUGUUUUGGGGUCCCUGUGAUGUAUAUUUUAGAAGUUAUGAAUGCUGUAAAAAUUGUAAUGUUUCUGGCCAGCAGAUAAUUGAGCUUUGUGUAUUGUAGAAACUCAAUUAUCUAGCCUGGCCCAGAGGAGGAGUUUUGUGUUGCAUAAAUUGUGAGUUCUGUGUGCCAGUAAAUCAGUCUUGUUCCAGCAUUAAGCCUUGGCUCAUGUUUGGGGGAUUGGAGAAAUACACUCUGGGGAUUGCUAUAAUCACUAUACUCCCCAGGGUAUGAUCACUAAGUUCUGCUAAGAGCUUGUUCCUGCUCUCUGGGGAAAGAGAGGUUCACCCACUGGAAGCUGGAUCCUGGCCUUGGGUCCAGGGUGGGUGGAGACAGCAGAGACCCCAGCGCAGUUGCAUCGCUGGAAGUGGGGUCUGCAGUGCUGAUGGUGUCGGUUGGAGUGCUUGGAGUCCUCGGCAAGCGCUAGGAGCAUCGAUUGGCGGAGGUACUCAGUCGGAGUGCCAGCGUUCCGUCACAUUUGGUGGCAGCGGCGGGAUGGCGUCCUAGUGCGAGGACCAGCAGCUCGGAGACACCGGUAACGUGUGGAGUUACGGAUUUAUAAUUGAGGGCAACGCUAGCCUCUGCGCAGCGUCCCUACCUACAGCAACAUGGAGCUAGCAAGACCCUGGACAGCAGCCAGUGAAUUGCAAAUCCGCCUGUCACAGUGCUAUGAGGGUGCUGAUUUCAUGAAGGAAGUAAAGGCGCGGCUGGUCUGGUUUGGCCCAAACCCUUCAGAUGAGGUGGUCCAUCAAGUGAUGCGCAUGUUGAGUACUGAGAACCAAGACGCACGGAACUACGAGUACCAACUGUGGAGUUUGGGGGUAUUGACACCCCGUCUCCAGCGACAGAGUGAGUUACAGGGAGAGGAGAGCAGCGACCUCCCUUCCCAGCGGCAGUGCACCGUACAGAGGGAAGAGACAACCGGUCUCUCUCCCCAGCGGCGUCCUGAGUUCCAGGAGGAGGUGAUGGUAGAUCCCUCCCCCGUACAGCAACCAGCGUCCUGGGGAGGGGAGGCAACCGGCCUCCCUCUCCAACAGCAGCCGGAGGUGGGCGACCUCAUAGACUUGUCCUGGGGACACAGAGAGAUGGCAAGCGGAGAUGGGACCGAAGUCUCUCUGCCAGCCCUACAGGGAUGCUGGGCAGUCAGCCCAGGUCCCCAGCGGCAGUAUAAUAUACAGGGAGAGGAGACAACUGGUCUCUCUCCCCAGCGGCGGCCUGAGUUCCAGGAGGAGGUGAUGGUCGAUCCCUCUACCUUACAGCAACCAGCGUCCUGGGGUGUGGGGGCAACCAGCCUCCCCCUCCAACAGCAGCCAGAGAUACCGGGAGAGGGGGAAGACAAACCUAACCACACAGGCGCAGAUGGGACCGCGGUCUCUGUACCAGUCCUACAGGGAGGCUGGACGGGUGGUCCAGAUCCCCAACCAACCCCGCAGGGAUGCCAGGAGGAGGAGGUAAGCGAAACUUCCCCUCCCCAGCUACAUCCCAACUGGGUCCUGGGGGCAGUGGAUGAGCCUGCGAUACCCACUGACCCCCUCCCAGCAGAAGAGCUGGCAUCUGGGCAGAGCUCUGUUAGCCUCUGCCCCCCCUUUUCCCCUGUAUCAGAGCCUGACUUACCACGGGUUACCCCAGUGGAAGAGCUGGCAGUAGGGCAGAGCGCCGCUGGCCUCUGCCCCCCAAGCAACACCAGCAGUUUGCCUAGCUGCACCAGGGAGACCGAGAGUGCUGCGCCGUCCCACUACAAACUUGAACCUACAGGCCAGUACCAUUUAUUGUGGGGGGGUUACUCUGCAUAUUUUUCUUUGUGGGUGGGCUGCCCGACUAAUCUAGAUACUGACCGGCAGAAGGUCAGGUACCUGUUUAGUCUUCCCUCCAAAGGGAAGAUGUGUGACGAAGUGCCCUUCGCCACUUGUGCCUGGAGAGGACUGCUUGCCCGCCUCUUGCCCUGUGACUAUGGCCCCUGGGAUGUAUUGCCCUUUAAAGACAUGAUUUGGGCAAAAUGGAUUUGUGUUGUGCUGCUGCUGGCCCUUUAAGAACCAUCUGGGGACAUACUGUGGAGUUACUGGGUGGCCACCAUUUCCUGUAUCAGAAGCAUAUGGUGAGAACAAUGGAUGGCGGCCAUUUUAACUCACAGACACUGUUUGGACUUUUCAACACGGUGCCAUCUCGCCAGUAUUUGGUGCACAGAGACAUCGUGCAGUGGUUUUGGACUAUACAGCAGGGGACACAUUAUACAGUAAUUGUUUUUCAUUUAGCCUGUAUAUGUUCUGCAGAAUCUGCAUUAAACUGUAUUUUCCAAAGUACUGAACGGAUCUGGGUGAAUUUUGGAUAUGUGGUUCACCCAGAUCCCCCGGUUCCAAGGAUAUACUUUUUAUGGGGUUAUUGCAUGUUUUGGGGUCCCUGUGAUGUAUAUUUUAGAAGUUAUGAAUGCUGUAAAAAUUGUAAUGUUUCUGGCCAGCAGAUAAUUGAGCUUUGUGUAUUGUAGAAACUCAAUUAUCUAGCCUGGCCCAGAGGAGGAGUUUUGUGUUGCAUAAAUUGUGAGUUCUGUGUGCCAGUAAAUCAGUCUUGUUCCAGCAUUAAGCCUUGGCUCAUGUUUGGGGGAUUGGAGAAAUACACUCUGGGGAUUGCUAUAAUCACUAUACUCCCCAGGGUAUGAUCACUAAGUUCUGCUAAGAGCUUGUUCCUGCUCUCUGGGGAAAGAGAGGUUCACCCACUGGAAGCUGGAUCCUGGCCUUGGGUCCAGGGUGGGUGGAGACAGCAGAGACCCCAGCGCAGUUGCAUCGCUGGAAGUGGGGUCUGCAGUGCUGAUGGUGUCGGUUGGAGUGCUUGGAAUCCUCGGCAAGCGCUAGGAGCAUCGAUUGGCGGAGGUACUCAGUCGGAGUGCCAGCGUUCCGUCACAAAGACCUUUUAGUAAUCAUUCUUUUUAUAAUAGCAAUCUAGACUGACCUAGGAAAAAUGAAUGAUUUAAAUGUAAAAAAAUUUAAGAAACUUAGAUUGUGUUCAGUCUAGGUUACAGAGUGAGAUCUGUAAUCUUUUUACUGGAGCUCCUGUAUGCCGACCAAGUACCUCUGCAAAAUCCACUUCCUAGCAUUUAGUAAGCGAGCAUGGAAUGACUGGGAUCUCUCUGGAAUUCUUCUACCUAACCAAACUCUUCUUCCAAGCAGGUAUCAUCCCCUCUGCCUAUUCUUCUAUAGCUAAGCUUAUAGUGAAUGCUCAUGUCUUUACAAAGACACUUAAGGCUCUUUUUUUUAACGUGCCCCCAGGCUAAAGGGAUCAUGGAGCCAGCCAACAGGUCUGAAGACUCUGUUACUGGGAUCCCUAAAGAUCCACACAGGACACACAGUUACAAAAGGAACUAUCAUACUCAGCAUUAUUUUUUUACUCAGGAUCGGCCCACUUGUUCCUUACAUAUAGAUUACUGCGACAACUAAAAAAAAUAUACAAACAAUAUAAUCACAUAAGACAACAUAGAGAAACUUAUAAUGACAUAUUUAUAAAGGGGUGGGGAAGACAAUAAUUAACACAAAAUAUCUCUCUUGCCUGCAGAAUUAGCAAUAUGCAAAUCUGCCUGGAUAUGCUAUUCAGUGUCUGUAUGAAACUCCAGGUGAAGGUGACUAUAAUCUUCUAUUUUUCUUACCUGUUCUGGAGACAAAACCCUUUUAAAAUAUACAAAUAUAAUUAAUAUUAUAAUAUAAAGCAAAAAAAAUGUGCCUGAUAACAAUGUGCAGUAAGGUCUACAUGUGAAAUGACCUAUAUAAAUCUUAUAUCUCCUUUACACUCAGGCGGCUCUCUGUGUUCUGCUCAGUCAGUUCCACACUGUUCCGAGUGCUCUGGCCUGCUUUGGUUUUGUUUGGGAGUUCUCAAAUUUGGCUUCGUCGUCUGCCUAUUCUUCUGCUAUUUCAGAAUUAUUGAUUUAUGAUUGCUACCUAACAAAUAUUGCUCUCAAACUGCCUGAAGGUAUUUUCUGAUAAAGAACACUCCAUUCCUCUAAAGUACUUCAACUUAUUCACGUGGCUUAGGGGUUAACUGCAUAUCCCUGCAGGUUUUAUUUAUGGAAGCAACAAUUUCAAGAGAAAUCUGGACUUUUAUAAAUGCCUUUAGUAACACCUUGCAACUGUCAAGUAGACAGCCCGCUUGGUUUCCUGCUUCAUUGCUUUGAACUUUGUCGCGGAAUGCUUCUCAUGAAGAAAAAGUGGUGUCAAUGUUUCUCUAUGAGAGCGAUUGUAAGUGUGUCUUCGGUAUGCGAAGCAUCUGAAUGGGCACAAGGCAUCAGUAAUACAUAUCACAGUACGAAGAAGCAAACUGCAGUGAAGAAACUCUCUCACCGCAGGAAUAGAGGUGAGUUUGAUUUAAAGGACCACUAUAGUGUUUUCCUGACACUAUAGGGUCAUAAGGCCCAGCCUCAUGGCAUCUCCCUCCCACUUGGCUGAAGGGGUUAAAACCCCUUCAGCCACUUACCUUUCUCCAGCGCCGGGCUCCCUUGGCACUGGAGAACUCUCCUCCUCCUGCCGAAGUCAUCGCCGAAUGUGCAUGCGUGGCAAGAGCCGCGCGCGCAUUCAAACAGCCCAUAGGAAAAUAUUACUCAAUGCUUUCCUUUGAUUUUCACAGUGAGAAUCGCAGAAGCGCCUCUAGCGGCUGUCAGUGAGACAGCCACUAGAGGCUGGAUUAACCCUAUGUUUUCAGCUGCAGGGUUAAAACUGGAGGGACCUGGCACCCAGACCACUUCAUUGAGCUGAAGUGGUCUGGGUGCCUAUAGUGGUCCUUUAAGUAUUUCCAUGCUGAUAUUGUCAUUGAAGUGUUCCAAUAAACUCAAUAAACCAGUAAAUUAAUAUAUUCCUAUUACUUUAUUAAGUUUGUCAGAGUAUAAUGCAACUGUUACGGGGUCCCAGGCUAAUCCUUAUGGAAAUAUUGGCAGACCAAAGGUAAAAAGAGUCCUUGAGGUACUUUGACCAAAUGCUGAAAUGUGUAAAAAAAACAUAUACUGGAUUAUUCACUGAAGUGAGAAUUUAAAAUUUACGGGCAAAAUAGCCAAACUGGAAAAUUCCAAUAUGGCUGCUUUUGCUUUAAAUUCAAAAUUCUCACUUUAGUGAAUAACGUUAAUACUGAGAACUAUAUAUUUUCAUUGUUGAGAAACACUGCUCCGCAUUAUAAAUCACACACUGUAGGAACCAACAAUAAUUGCUAUACUGUGUUUUCAAUUGAAAAACAAAAUGGCGUUUCACGUUUUCAGCUAAGGGUCCUGUGUUUUACAGGGGGAAAAUGGUAUAACUUUUUUUAUUUAUUUAUUUUUUAUAACACAUUGAGGGUGUUACCUGAAAGCAGCGGCAAUAUUUCAUCCUGACAAAUAUGUUCUCAGGGCAUCAGUUGAUAGUGCAAAGGCCAGGCCCGAGGUGCAUUGGAGGGUGCAGACAGGUGUGGUUUAAAGUGAUCACUUAGAAAACAGACUCUAUGACAAGAGCGUGGGAGGCACCGGUAGCCUGUUUGGGCUAGAAGCGACAUGUUAGAGAUACUGACAGACUAAAUAGCAGAAAAGGCCAAACUACUCACAUUGACCUCCAUCAAUUCUAGCUUUACUAAGGAUGAAACUUUAUAAAAACUUAAACAAUAAUAGUGAAUAUCAAUAUUUGUAACAACAUAUAAAACAAAUCUCUUUAUUCCUGAAAUCCCUAAGUAGCAAGCUGCUGAAGAAUGGUAUAAAACGUCUGCAGCAUUGUGAUGUUAUAACCUCAAAAUAUUCUAAUUUAUUACUCAUUUUCCAGUGCCAGAAUCUAAAAGCAGCAUAUUUGGAGUUUUGUGUUUUUCCUCACUUCUAUUUAUAACGUGAACAGUGCUUUGAUUAUCUUUCCUGAAUUUUGCCAGAAUCUAAAAUAGAAUGUCUAUAUAUAUAUAAAAAAAGAAUGAAGGGGGAGUUGUGAAACAAAAUAUUUUGUGUGAAUGGAAAAGAGUUCUUAAAAUAAAUUGAUUCACAACAUGCGGUAGUCACUCUGUGUGUUCCCAUAUUAAAGAAGCAUCCCCCAAAAUGUCAGGUGGAUGGUGCAUGUGCAGGUCUAGUUUGAAUUACAAACAUGGUAAGCCUAUAACUUGUGUUAUUAACUCUGUAACUGCCAGGCCUAUUGACCAUUGGAGUGAUACUAAAAAAAAAAAAUCUCCAGAUAUUUAAAUGUGCAUAGGGAUUUGGGAUAGUGCGCAUGUAACUUUAUUGUAUGUAUUGGGACUCAAGUGUACUAUAGUCAUUGCUGUUGCCCAGGAGUAGUGGGAGUUUGAGCACAGGGCUCAGUUGUGUAUGUUUGUAUUUGGUUUUGUAUCACACAGUUACGUUACAAUGCUGUUACCCAUCCCAUGUGUCCCCUAUUAAGGGUUAAUAAGUAUAUAGGGAGUUUAGAAAAAUAACCCUCUGUGUCUCAUUAGAGAUUGUGCCUUGAGCUGAAGACAGCAAGGUGAAUUGUUAGUCUAGGACUCACCUAAGAGGUUUUGACUUGAUGUAGGUGAGCUUACACUUAAAUGGCCACUUUUGAGAUACUAAUAAACCUCCAGUGAUUUAAAUGUGCAUAGAGACUUGGGAUAAUGCGCAAGUAACUUUUUUCUAUGUUUUUUAUUGUAUGUAUUAGGGUUGAUGUGUAUGAUAGUCAUUGCUGCUGCCCAGGAGUCGUGGGAGUCUGAACACAGUGCUUAAUUUUAUAUGUUUAUACUGUCAGGGCAUUAAUUAAUUAUGAGGUCUGCAGUAGUUGAUCAGUUUGGACACCGUGUUUCACUAGGGAAAUCAUUUUAUUUAUUUUUAAAAUAAUGUUAUAGCAGCUCUAUGUUGCACUGUGUAAGCAUUAUAUUAUAUAUUAUUAUAAAUAAAGGGUGCACUCAAUCUCACAUCCUUCAUUUCCAGUACAGCACCUCACCAGAUUGCAUCAUUCACCCUUCUCCCAUAGAGCACCCUCUCAUUGCUUGUGCCCCUAAUUUACCCUAAACCUAAUUCUUCUAAACCCUGUAAUGCUAUCCUCUACACCUACACCCCAAAAACAUAAAUUCUCCGAAGUCUGCUAGCCAUAGUUCUCCAUCUCGGGGACAUUGCUAGGUUAAAGAAACACCUGGGGCUUAAUGAUAAAGCAAAAGUCUAUGACCCCUAUACUAACAGAGAUGUGGGGAUGUGUCACGACAUAUCCCUGCUUUUUAUGUUAUGUUCCAUCCUCUCUAUCCAUGGACAGUGUGCUGCUAAUGUGCCAUGACCUCAAUGAAAACAUAGCCUGGUAGAAACCCUAGCAGCACAACCAAGCACGAACUGCGAUCCCUCCAUAAUUCUGCCACGUGCCCUAAAAUUCUGUUCCCCUGCACUCCUACCCUGCAGUCAUAUAAAGGGGCACCAUCAUUCUGUCCCUCUAAGUGACCUUGCAGGACACUAUACUACUGAUCUUUCUUUUAUGUUUGUUUUAAAUAUGGAACACUUCAGGAAUUUGCCAUCCAUCCUUUUGCAGGGUCCUUCAUACCCUUCUCUGUAUUGUUCCAAGUUGAGUAUAAGUGCUGCUGAAGCGUGUACUGAUCUUUCUCUUGAAAAGCAGCUGCCUUGUGUGAAAUGAAAAGAAAUAAAAAAAAUACAAAUAUUCUCCUGCUCCCUCCAUUACCAGUAGAGAUCUACAGCCCACAAACCACCCCCAGCAACUCUUAAUGCUCCGUCUCAUAACAAUUAAAAUGCUCUUUUUUCGCAGUUGUCUCUGUGUUAGUUCUUGAGAAGAGUAUUGCUAUAAGCUUUUGUUUGUGCUGCAGAUUUUAGCUACUAGGUAAGUAAGAAUGCUGCUUUUGGCCAUGCACAAAUUCUAUUCAUGAAUGCCUGGCAAUGCUGGACUCCAAAAAGGAAUUCAUAUCUGAUAAGCAGAUAAAAUUGGAACAGCUGCCAAGUGAAUAUUAUGCAAAUACAUGGACUGUAGCCAGCACACAGUCAAAAGAAGAAACUGGCAGUAACAUAGAGCCAAGUGUGAUGGCUUCAUAAUCCCCCUAGUGGUCAAAGAAAGCAUUGCUGCCAGUCAUACAAUGUGAUUCACAGUGAAACUAGUACAGAUAACCUUGUACUGUACGGUACAGACAUUUUUCAACCUGUAAAGAAGACUGAUAACAACCUUCAGUAGCUCAGAGCAAAAAUAUUAUUUAUCAAUGUUUAUUUUAAUUUAGUUAAAAAAAUUCUAUUGCAUCAACUGUGUAAUUCCACAUGUCUAUCAUUUGUAUGCAGAGUACAUUUUUCAUUGUUUAGAAAAUAUGUAACAUUCAGCGUGAGUUCAGUUAUACAUGUCAUGGGACAAAUCAAUUCACUUUCACAAUGUUGCGGUCAAAAUGGUAAGUAUAAAAAGUAAAUUAAGUUAUAACAGCAACUUUCAUUUAAGGUGAUUCUCCAGUGCCAGGAAAACAUAUUAGUUUUGCUCGCACUGCAGGACCCUGUAGUGCCCCUCUUCCUCCCACCCCCCAUCCCAAGUUGCUGAAGGGGUUAAAACCCCUUCAGUGACUUACCGGAGUACUCUUCAGUGACUUAGCGUAGUACUCUGGUACUUUCCGCCUAUUCUCCUCCCCCACCGACGUCAGCCGGCGGGGGAGACCUAAUGUGUGGCAAUGGCCGCGCAUGCGCAUUGGACGCAUUGGACGCAUUGGACCUCCCCAUAGGAAAGCAUUAUUUAAUGCUUUCCUAUGGGGAUUUAGGUGACGCUGGAGGUCCUUGCUUAAAACAUUUUCGUGUUCUAAGAACAUGGAAGUCCCUCUAGUGACUGUCUGAUAGACAACCACUAGAGGAAGAGUUAACCCUGCAAGGUAAUUAUUGCAGUUUAUAAAAACUGCAAUAAUUACACUUGCAGGGUUAAGGGUAGUGGGAGUUGGCACCCAGACCACUUCAAUGGGCAGAAGUGGUCUGGAUGCCUGGAGUGUCCCUUUGAACUGUGUUUCUAUUAAGGCAUCACUGACCUGUUAAAGAAAUGUCACAAAUGUCAGGGAAACAGAGGAAAAACCCUAAUCCUAACAAAAUAUGAUUAACAUACUCGCACAGUUGGUGAAGAGGACUUCUGUGUUGGGGCAACAUCACUGUCCCAUUAUGCUUUAGGCUUACAUGUCUGAGCAUCUAAUAGAGAAAUGAUGUAUGGGUGCAAGCGAGCUUGGCAUUUCCUCGAGAAUUUCUGUAGGCAGACGUGCGCCAUCUGUACAGCACUGGAAGUGUUAGCUAAUUUGCAUACUUUGCAGGGAAAUGACAAUUCCUCUCUAAAGUGUUUCUCAUGCAAUAUGUUAUGGUGUUUCGUUAAUGAAUCGGUGACCUAGUUUUCAGCAAUGUUUACAGUUCGAGAAAAGCACAUAAAACACAUUGCUAAGUGUAUGAAUAUCUGUCUAUCCAUCCAUCUAUCACUACCCAUCCAUCCAUCCAUCCGUCUAUCUAAUAUCUAUCUAUACAGGAACAGAAUUAGUACACAUCAUAUUUCCUUUAAACAGAGUAAAAUUCAUCAACGCUCUUCAGUAAAAAAAAAAGAAAUUUGAAAAUAGUGAUAGUGGUGUAGCUCUACUUUAUUUUUACAAAAGGAGGGUAAAUAUUCAUCUUUUUCAUGUACAAUUUACCAGUUUGCAGCAAUGUAUAAAAUAAUGCUAAUAAACUGGAUGUAUUUAAAUUGUGACAUUACACAGAAUAUAGAAGUACCCUGAAUUCCUAGAAGUGUUUUACAGAUGACAAGCCAAUCUGUUUCCGCAGUUAGAGAACAUUUGCAGUAUGUAUUAUACACCCACUACAUAUCCACUUCCCAUGUAUCAGGAUUUAUACUCGCAUGAAUUGUUUUAGACUGCUCCAGUUAAAUGCCACAGGCAUCUCGAUAUUUCAGAAAAUCAUUCCCUAUAUUGACAUUUUGUGAAUUUUAUGAUUGCAGUAUGUUUGCUCACAAUACUAAAUACAGUUUUACUCACACUGAUUGAAUGAUAACGAAAGCCAACAAGCAAGCAGAAGCAGAUGUUAUCAGUUUCCCAGACUAAAACCUAUUCAAUCAAUUGAUGAAGUGCACGUAAUUUACAAAUGUAGGUUUUCUCACAGUGGAAGCCCCAGGGAAGGCUUUGAGCUGUAAAUCUUGGGCUACUGAGAAAUGUAUCCUAAAAAUAUUUAAAGCUGGGUGUUGUAACUAAUUCAAUGAAUCUCUCCCCCAGGUAUUAUAUUAGGUAAAAUAAGGGUUUAUCAUCCCCCCAUUUUCUGUGGAGUGUACACAAGGGCCAGUCUGUACUGGUUUCCACCACGCCAUACUUUAUAUCAAUGUUAUCUUACUAAAGUGACAAUUUACAGUGAAUUUCAAAUUUAAGCUUUGGCUAUUUUGACCAUAAAUUUCAAAGUCUCAAUUUAGUAAAUAACCCUGUAUAUGUUUGGGUUUCUGCAGUUUUGAUUUAUGUGGCAUUCCAAAUGCAGAAUUUUCCCAUAGUUUUGCAGUGUGUCAUUGAAUACAAAUAUAUAUUUAUAUAUUUAUUUAUUUUAUUGUUUUUGAGUUUUUUAAGCUACCAGGGAGCAGGAAUUGAUUACAACAAGCACAGAGUGUUCUGUGACAAAAUAUUAUUUCAUAACACUUAUUAAAAAGCAAACCUAUCCACACUGCUCCUGUUUAUUAUGAAAUAAAAGAACCUACAGGCUUUGCACAUUCUGAAAGGAAUGGAAGGAGACAGGGGGCGGGGACAAGCUGCCUAAAGAGGGAGAGCGGCAGCUCUGAUUGGCCGAGAAAUGCAAAGGGUGGAACCUUGGAGUUUUAGGAUUGAAACAAAACAUCGCGUGCAACCAGGCAGCUCUCACAGUGUCCGGGACUGGAGAACAGAACUGUAAACAUUGUAUCAGCCUUCCCUGCAGUGGGCACAGAGCAGCACUGUAUUCAUUGUAUCAGCCUUCCCUGCAGUGGGCACAGAGCAGCACUGUAUUCAUUGUAUCAGCCUUCCCUGCAGUGGGCACAGAGCAGCACUGUAUUCAUUGUAUCAGCCUUCCCUGCAGUGGGCACAGAGCAGCACUGUAUUCAUUGUAUCAGCCUUCCCUGCAGUGGGCACAGAGCAGCACUGUAUUCAUUGUAUCAGCCUUUCCUGCAGUGGGCACAGAGCAGCACUGUAUUCAUUGUAUCAGCCUUCCCUAAGAGGAUACUCCUGCCCCAGCUUGGAUCUGAGCACUCAUAUUACCUGGGAAAGAUGCGUCUGAUCCAGAACAUGUGCACUAUUACCGAGUACCCACCGGGCACAGCCACAGACACUGCCAGCCAUGGCAGCCCUAACAGCAGGGUCAUUAAGAUCUCUGUCAUUGGGGGCAGCGGAGUGGGCAAGACAGGUGAGUCUACAUUCCUCACUGUAUAACCUUAACUGACCUGCAUGCGUUGUAUAUGUAGAAUAGAAAUAUAUUAAGUUACCUGAAACAUAGAACAACGUAUAUAGUUUAUAUUUUUUCUGUUUUUCAGUUAACUCAAUAUAUUGAUAUUAUUUGUACUUUUGGCUUUAAUAUUGUCAGCCUGAUUGAGUCUCAUAUUGUUAGUGUGCAAUUGGGAAAUAGCCAUAAGCAUUAAUGCUGAAAGUAGUUUGUUAUUAACAUUUAAAGGAUGGCUGGGUUUAUCUAUGGAAAGUGUGGCAAAAAAAAAGAAUCACAAUUAUACUCACAUUAGUAAAUCAAAUGGCUAUUGAGAAUGUGUAAUCACCCCAACUGUCAUCUGAUGGGUUAUUGGAUACAGGGAUGGACUGUCAUGGCUCCCUGUUUUUUUUUUAUAGAAUCCCUGUGUGAGUGGCAGAAUCUGCAGAGAUUCUGGUGAAUGGCAACAUUUGCUGUACACAAUUGUGGAAUACUGGAAUAGCAUAGCACAGUCUAGGAAAUGGUAGUGCAGUGUUAUGGAAUGUGUGGGUGCUUUAGGACAUACAGUGUGUGUGGUACUAUUAAACAAUAUACAUAUAUAAAAGGCAGGCAUUGUAUCUAUAGAACCUUGCAGCUAACUGUUCUGUCCUUUUAUUUAUUUCAGCUCUUGUGGUCAGAUUUCUCACCAAGAGGUUUAUUGGCGACUAUGAGAGGAAUGCAGGUAAGCACAAUUGUUUUUGAUCUUCCCAUUAUGUUUGCUUCAUAAAGAUACAGCGAAGCCGCCUAUAAAGCUUCUUAGACUUUAUUGAUUGUAAUUAAAAAACAUAGAAUAGUGUGCGUUACUAGUGCAAAUAAGCUGAAACUUGACUAAUGAAUUGGUUGAUUGUUUCCCUAGGAAACCUGUACAGCAGACAAGUCCAAAUAGAUGGAAUGAAUCUGGCCAUUCAAGUUCAAGAUACUCCAGGUGUACAGGUAAAUUCACUUUCUCUGUCAAGCUUGUCUGAAUUUUGGUUAAUCUCUGAAAUGGCCAGGGGGCAACAUAAUACUUGAAGUAAUUAGCUUUAUUAGUAGUGCAGGGUCAACAGCUUAGGUUCGGCAUGACUUUUAUUUUGGUGGCCAUCACCUAAUGGAAUUUCUAGAAAACUGCCUUUUUAUGGUGGGUUCUGUCUGAGCUCUGCUUUAAUACAAACUUGAGAAAAUGGUGGGUUUUGUGCAGAAAGUUUUCUGUUUUUUUGUUGAAAUAGAGGUGAUUCUGUGAACUAUUGAACUUUAUAUAAACAUUUGAAAUGGCCGAACUGAGGCAGAUGUGGCCUCAUUACAGUUUACAUUCCGUCUAAUAUUCACGUGAAGUACAGAGAGACUUGUCUGGUUCUUGCCGUUAGGGCUGGGCAUGUGUCCAGAUCUAAAUGCUUCCAGCUUAUAUCUUAUACUUUCCAGACUCGCUGUCUAGCCAGCUCAUUUCCCUUUUUGUCCCACUACAAAGUCUUUCCCCUCUCCUAGUUGUAAUUUCCACGCAAGUAUAGUAUUCUCAAGUAUAUCUUAUUCCAGAUUUUGCAGCUGGAUCAACAUCCUUUAGGUUAGGGAGGUGAAAGACCAGACAGAUUUAUACAGUAUCUUCGUAGCACUCACGCUAAGUACUCUGUGGAAUUUUCUGCUAAUGUCUUCUUUGUAGGAACAGUGUUCCCUGAAGAUUUAAUUUUAUUUGUUUAACAUAUUUUUUUCUUUUUCUUUCCUUUUCAGAUGAAUGAGUCGAAUCUGGAGUGCAAUGAACAGCUCAACAGAUCAAUCCGAUGGGCAGAUGCUGUAGUUAUUGUAUUUUCCAUCACCGACUGUAAAAGCUACGAACUUAUAAGUCACCUUCACCAGCACGUGAGGCAGCUUCACCCAGACAACAGAAUUCCUAUUGUUGUUGUUGCCAACAAAGCAGACCUUCUUCACCUGAAACAGGUGGAGCCACAAAGUGGACUUCAGUUGGCCAAUAUGUUGGGGUGCACGUUCUAUGAAGUGAGUGUUAGUGAGAACUAUAUUGAUGUGUACAAUGCAUUCCAGGUACUCUGUAAAGAAAUUAGCAAACAUCAGACCACGGGGACACCCGAAAAAAGGAAAAAUUCUCUCAUCCCAAGACCAAAGUCUCCAAACAUGCAGGACUUAAAAAGACGCUUUAAGCAGGUACUAUCUGCCAAAGUACGGACAGCCACCUCAGUCUGA